ACUCGGGGCCGCGCCGCGCACCUGGAAGGAGCCGCGCCGAGAGGAGCGCACCGACGCCCUUGCUCGCUCCGACGGCCGGGGAAGGCGCUCGCUGCUGCUGCUCCGCCCGUCGCAGGUGCAUCGCUGCCGAGCGGCCGAGGGACGCGCCUCCCGCUCGCCCGCCGAAGGGGCUCCACGCCGGCCCCGCCGGGAAUGCUCGACGCCGCCGCCGCUGCCGGGGGCCGAGGGCUGGCCAGCUGAGUCCACCGACGCCGACGCCGCUCCCCGUCCUCCUCCUCCUCCUCGGCUGCCCGGCAAGAUGGUCGGCGCGGCGGCCGCCGAGGUGGCCCUCCUCACCCUCGGUAAGUGGCCCCCUCCCGUCCGGGCGCGGCUCCGUCUCCCCUUGCCAACUGAGCCUUUACUCGCGAGGAAAAGCACCCCGGAACCCAGAGCAGCAGCCCUCGCGAGUAAACUUACCUGGGAUGGAAGAAGUGUCGCGCGUCCCGUCGAGCUGCUGCGCGGAGUCUUGGCGUCUCUGGCCGCCGCUUUCCAAAACGCUCCCCUCCUUCGCAGACCCGCUUUCCCCCUCCGAGCUCCGGAGGCGGAGGAGAAGAGCAGAUGGGAGGCUGUGCAGUGUAGUGGUUAGAGAGAGGCGGACUAGAAGCUGAGAGAGACCAGGGUUCAAAUCCCCCACUUGGCCGUGAAGCUCCCUGGGUGCCCUUGGGCCAGUCACUUACUGCCUCUCAGCCCAGCCUACCUCCCAGGGCUGUGGUGGUGGUCAGAUGAGGUGGGGGAGGACCACCACACCCCUCUGAGCUCCUUGGAGGACAAAGGUGGGGUAGAACUGCAAUAAAUGACAUUUUAUUUAACCAAGAAGAAAGGACAGAAGGCAGCAAGCCGCCUCACAGAGGACUACCUGCUUGAAAGUACAUAGUGGCUGCUGAGAGCUACCCGCUUUAGAAUACAUGCAAGGCUUUCUAAGUAAUCCAUCUCUGCUCAAGACUUCACCGCGGACUGAUAAAGCGAAGCAAUCGGAUUAUCUGUCCCCUCUCUCUUCCUUCUCUGCUUCCCUGCCGCCUCCGCGCCCCCCCCCCCCCACAUUUUGGGGGCAUUUUCUUCUCUCUGCUGCCUGCUGUUCCUCCUCCCGUUUCCUUACUAGAUUUGCUUUGGUGGCUGAACAGUAGAAACUGGAGGCAUUUAGACCCUCCAUGGUAUUUUUUGUCUUAUUGUAAACAGUUUUUUAAAAAGGGGGUGGCAAAUAAAUGCCUUUUAGGGUGACUUUGCUUACCUGUGAAUGUCCUCCUUUUAAUUACACGGCAAAAGCAGCCUGAACGCACAAUAUGGACUGGGGCUGUUUUUGUUCCGAGCGAUUAGCAAUCUUUUUGAAAUGUGAAAUAGCCAGAUAAUUACAGAGAUGCUGUUUUGGAGAAUUUAACAAAUGGCACUUUUUAAAAACAUUGAUGGGUGUUUGCUACUAGGUGUGAGCUUGUGCUGUUGUGGGAUUUGCUGGGGUGUAAAGAAGGCUGACUUGGGUCCAAACUCCUGUAUGGGCAUUAAGGUUAUGUAACUUGUAAUAAAUUAAACCGAAUAAGCAAUACUCCAGCUUCUCCCAGCAGCUCAGAUCAGCAGGGAGCAGUUUCCCCCCUCUCUCUGCGCACUCUCAGAAAAACUAGCAAGUGUUGCAGUUAAGAAGUUUGUUCUUUGGACUGAAUCCUGCUAAGGAUCACCUGCGGAAAUAAUCGGUUAAAACGAGACUGAUAAAAGUCGGUCAGUCAAGUGGGGGAGGAGAACGGCCCCUUGGGUUCUGGCUUCAUGUGUGACACUGACCCGUUUGGGUUUGGCCCUGAGUGCCACAGGUAUUGGGAAAGAAGGAGACAUCUGGCCUAUAAAAGCGCAAGUGGGUUUUAGCAAAGGAUUAAAAGUUCAGCUAUUAUCUUCUCAGGUUAGAGGCAUAGUAGUGUUAGUGUUCGGUUGUUAUAUCUCUGGCUUCCAGUUACCAGGCGCUUGGAUAGCUUUUCGUUAUGAGACACCAGACGCAGGAGAUACCUUCUGGAUCGAAAGGCUAGACACUUUAUCGUAAUUCUUUCCUGGGUUCAAGACCUCUCCCUUGCUCCCAGUUCCUGUUUUUUGAAAUCUUAAUAGCUCAGUGUUAUGAAUGAAGGUUGUUUAAUCAGGCAUGUUCUUAAAUAAUCUCCUGGUGAUCUUCCUUUUCAUCAGUCAGUUUUUCACCCAUGUAUGUAAGUCAGAGGCCACCUUCCUUAAAACACUGGCUCUCAGAUCUUUCCACGGCAGCCUGACUAUCAUGGAAUCCCUAAACCCUACGGGAGAACCUGGGUUGUGUUCUAGGUCAGCCUUCCCCAACCUGGUGCCCUCCAGAUGUUUUGAACUGCAGUUCCUAUCAGUCGUCAUGCUGUUUGGGGUUGAUAGGAGUUGUGGUCCAAAACAUCAGGGGGUGCUAGGCUGGGGAAGGCUUUUCUAGGGUGUAUGCUUGGCACAUGUGGAAUAAGUCUUGGCACUGGCCAAUAAGCUAUGGAGGGGGUACCCCCAUAUUGCAUCCAGUGCUCCCCUUGAAGCUACAUGUUGGGCCGCUCUGCCUUUCAGGAACCCUUGACCUGCUGUUGCAGAUCUUCUCAUCAAGGAAUCACAGGAUUUCCCCAGUGAAGAACUUGAAAAUUGCCUUAAGGAUCUUGCAACACAAAUACACCAAGAGCUGAGUGCUUGAGGUGGUGUCAUCCUUGACCAUGGUGCUCUAGAUUAAUAUGUCAAAAAUGACUGGUCCUUGCCCCAAGGAGCUUCCUUAAAAUCACAGUGCAUGCUUCCACAAUACAGAACUAUCCAGAUUGCUCAUUUCCUAAGUGCAGCUGAAUUAAGUGGGAAUUGCUUCUGAGUAAACAUGUUUAGGAUCAGGUUGCAGAAUUUAAGCUGUGAUUAAUAGGCUUCAGGGUGUGUGUCCGGGGGGUGGGGGUUGUCUUGUUUAUCUGUGGCCUGGUGUGUAUAACAGAGCAAAUUCAGGGGCAGGGUUCCAAAUGGUGGUUUCAUAAAACUGGUCAGUUUCUCUUGCAGGCAGUUCACACAUGCAUGCCCUGUUGAUUCCUGUACCAUCAGGUGGUUAAUUGCAUGUGUGAAUGUGUAAUCGUGGACAGAUGCUGAAGGUGGAACUUUAAAAGUGCCUUGCAAUAGUAUUGUCAAGCACACCAUUUUCAAAAGAGUCAGUUCAAACACUGAGCAGGAAGAAAUCAAGUCUUGCAUGAUUCCUCAUGUAAAUAAUAUGGGCCUUAUCCACUAGGAAAUGUCUUCUAUCCUUUCUAUACCCCGCUUGCAUUUUGCCCCCCUCAUUUUGAUUGAGGGUCUUGGAAAAGGCAGAGGGGCUGUGCUCUGGUUGCAUAUGUUUGAGGGAAAACUAAAAAAGAAAAGCUGUACUUAAUUAAAGCGAAAUUGACAUAGGUUGGAACAGGACCGGAUCUUGAAUCAAGAAUCUUUGGGGCAUUUCAAGAGAACGUGUGCAUGUGACCCCUACCCCAAUCCUGCCAGUCUAUUCUCUUGUGUUUUGAUGAUGGGAAGUAGAAUGUGUAAAGAGACACAACCAAAAUGUAUUUGAGGUGAUGCAGAAACGCAUUCCCAGGCAUUGUAUCAGAAAGAGUCAAUUCACAAAUGCUCCUCUUGCUCAACUGAAGUUGCAGCCUUGCUUGAUGAACCUUCCUUAUGAGGGAGGUGAGGGCGGCAGUGGAGGUUUCCCUUCUGGCCCCAAAGAAUGCAAGAGACGUACAUUUUGUUGCAGCUUUGUUUUUAUUUCAACAGUUGGACAUAUCCUGCCUGGUGCUCUCCAGAUGUUUUGGGCUACGAGUCCCAUCAGCCUCUGUGCUGGUUGGGGCUGAUGGGAGUUGUAGUCCAAAACAUCUGGAAGGUGUCAGGUUGGAGAAAUCUAUAGGAUAAAUAGCAUGCCUUUAACUUGGGUGAAAGCCAAAGGUAUACAGGCGUAAACUACGCUGGCAAGUGCUCCAUUCCCAUGUUCUCAUGGAACAUGCUUCCAACUUUUGCAUAAUUCAACACAAGAAUCUAAAGGGAGAAUCUUCAUCUUCAGCCACUUGUUUGUUUGGCUCCAAUGAUGAUGUCUCUUAAGUGCAUGUUUUUUCAUGAUAACUGGAAUUGCCACAUGUACCCUAAUAUUUGGGUUUAGUGAGAGCAAGGCUGCUUCUGAAAGCCAGUUCUGGAGUGAGGAUUCCUGCUAACCUUAAGCCAUUCCCUGGCUGCUUAAGAGGGAUCUAUCUUGCAGCGCUGGAAUAGUCAGAUGGAACUAAAGGCUAUUUGAUGGGACACGGGUGGCACUGUGGCCUAAACCUCUGAGCCUCUUGGGCUUGCUGAUCAGAAGGUUGGCAGUUCGAAUCCCCGUAACGGGGUGAGCUCCAGUUGCUCUGUCCCAGCUCCUGCCAACCUAGCAGUUCAAAAGCACACCAGUGCAAGUAGAUACCGUAUUUUUUGCUCUAUAAGACUCACUUUUUCCCUCCUAAAAAGUAAGGGGAAAUGUGUGUGUGUCUUAUGGAGCAAAUGCAGGCUGCACAGCUAUCCCAGAAGCCAGAACAGGAAGAGGGAUUGCUGCUUUCACUGCGCAGCGAUCCCUCUUGCUGUUCUGGCUUCUGAGAUUCAGAAUAUAUUUUUUCUUGUUUUCCUCCUCCAAAAACUUGUGGUCUGGUGCAUCUUAUAGAGCGAAAAAUACGGUAAAUAGGUACCACUCUGGCGGGAAGGUACACAGCAUUUCUGUGCGCUCUGGUUUCCAUCAUGGUGUUCCGUUGUGCCAGAAGCGGUUUAGUCAUGCUGGCCACAUGACCUGGAAAGCUGUCUGUGGACAAACGCCGGCUCCCUCGGCCUAAAUGUGAGAUGAGUGCCGCACCUCAUAGUUGCCUUUGACUGGACUUCACCGUCCAGGAGUCCUUUACCUUUAGCUUUAAAGGCUGUUUGGUACACUAGCACAGUAACUAACUAAGAUGUGCCCUCAAGGUGUACCAUACCUACUUUUUACAGUGCUAGGUGUUGAUGUGCUCUGAAAUUGUGCUGCAGCUUCUAACUGUCUGACCUGGAUACGGACACAGUAUGUGGUGUCCUUCAGGGGCCCCUGUGGCUUUAGCUGUCUUCCGAAGUGAGUGUGAUUAAGGUCACUUGAAGCCACAUUUGGGUUGUUUUCUUUCAACUUUAGUAAAGCAAAAGCAGAGAAGUGUCACAUAAUCUCUGCAGGCAGUUGUAGCCCAAGGCAAAACACUGUGUACACCAACCAACCCCAGGCCAGCAUUAUCAGUUGAUUUGUAGAUUAGACUGUUGCAAAAGCCUCAUUCAGUUUAUUUGCCCAGCCCUGUCACUACUCUGUGUUGAAAGCUGUGAAUCGGUCCCAGACAUAUCUGUGCAGGUCCAAGGGCCAAGAGUUCAGAGUGAAUUUAAAUCAAAGGAUUUGCACGAAAAGGGCUUCCCUCACUUGCGGGGGGACUGGAAGUUCCCCAGGAAAACAGUAGCUGAGGCCAGAGGACAAGACAUCCUAUUUCUUUUUUUUCCUGGCAAAAAUGAGAGGAGGGAGUCAAAAUUAGCAUCGUACUAAUGAGACCAGAAAUAGCAAUUUGGUUUAAGUUUCACAAUAGGAUUGUUUAUUUUCAUUAAAAGCUAAAAGAGGCACAAUGGUUGGCAAAUAACAUCUGGAUAAAAUGUCGGCUGAAAGCGAGCGAUGGAUCAAAGCGCCCAGAAGUUUCUGCUGAGCGUUCCUGCAUGGGAAGCGGAACCACCACAUUUUAAUGAACAUCUUGAGAGACCAGGGGGCCGAAUCAGCUGAGCUGUUCAGCGAACUUGAGUGUAGCAGGCGAGGCCCAGGCGUUGUUAACUAACUUUUUGGGAAGCAGAGACUGGCAUAGUCUGGACUUCAUAAGUCCUAAACCCUGUUUUGCUGCUGAACUGCUUCCCCCCUUUUCUUGUUCAGAUUGUUUUUAUUAAAUAUUUUAUUGGGUUGCAAAAGUCUCUGUUUUCCAUUCAUAGAAUCCUUUCUACAGAUCAGUUAUAUUUGAUGUGAGACAGUACAGUCGUACCUUGGUUGCUGAACGCCUUUGCUCCCAAAAGCUGCAAACCCGGAAGUGAGUGUUCCGAUUUGCGAACAUUCUUUGGAACCCGAACGUCUGAUGUGGGUUCUGAUUGGCUGCAGGAACUUCCUGCAGCCAAUCAGAAGCUGCAUCUUGGUUUCCGAACAUUUUGGAAGUCGAACAGACUUCCGGAAUAGAUUCCGUCUGACUUCCAAGGUACGACUGUAUAAUGUUAUACAUGGUUUAAGGUUGGGGAAGAAGAGAGGAGGGGGAGUGAGAGCUGCAGUAUCAUACUCCCAGCCAUGGCCUAGGGCUGGUGGGGGUUGCAUUCCAAAACAGCUGAAAGCACCAUGCUGGGAAAGGCUGCACUACUGCCUUGGAAACUGGAUUAUUUAUUUUACAAGCUUUAUAUGCUGCUUUAUUGUAAUACAGCUUUACAGCGGUUUACAAAACCAAUAAAACUAUCAGUAAAAAACAAUGAAAAACAACUAUUUAAAGCACUGAUUUUUUUUUAAAAAAAUCAACGACAAACUAAAAACCAGAUUAAAACACACAUCAACCUUCUAUAUGUCUGGAUACCUGAACAGAAAAUGUUUGGGACAGGUGCCAAAAAGAGUAUGGUGAAUAUACCUGCCUCAUGUCAAGAGGCCGGGAGUUCCAGAGUGCUGCCACACUAAAAGAUUGAGUUCUUACAACUGCAGAACAGGUAUUGUGGGGCACCUGUAGUAGUGCCACUUCCGUGGAUCAAAGUGGUCAAGUGGGCAUAUAUGGGGUAAGAUGAGAACAAUACACCUGUUAAUACACUGUCAGGGUCUCGCUCCUGUUGCCAAUUGUGUCGCAACAUCCUGCACUAACUGCAGCUUCCAGAUCAGGCUCAAGGGAAGCCCCACAUAGAGUGCAUUGCAGUAGCCCAGUCUUGAGGCUUGAAUGCUCCCAGUCGAGGGACAGUCACAGCUGCUGUACCAGUUUCUGCUGGUAGAAGCUGCUUCUGCGUUCUAACCACUGAGGCUUCCUGGGCCUCCAGAGACAGAGCAGCAUUCAGAAGCAUCUCCAGAAUGCGAACCUGCCCUUUCCAGGGUAGGAACUUGACUAGUUUUCUGACAUGGGAACCACUCACCCACAGUGGCCUCUGUGUUGCCAGGAUUCAAGCUCAGCUUGUCACGGCUCUCCCAGCUCAGUUGUUAUCGAGCUGACUGCCAUCAACGUACUGAUGGCACCUCUCCCCAAAACUUCUAAUGGCUGCUGUUCCCAGCAGCUUCUUGUAGAUAUUGACUGGCAUUGGAGCUAAGAGAGUGCCCUGUGGCACUUCGUCACACCUCUUCCUUGUCCUGGCUAGGAAUCCUGAAGCCUGCAAAGGCUGUCCUCUGUAGUACAUUGAGCCCACCAGUUAAUCUGACCUUGGUCUGUUGCAGGUUUGUGUGUUUCACCCUGGCAAUAUCGAUUCACACUGGGGCGCUGACAAGCUUUUGUUACAGCAGAGCAGAAUGAGAGGUUGAAGCAGAGCUUGUUCUGCAAAAGCUCCUGUAGACAUAAUGUUGCUUAAGACAUAAUGCCCACCUCCAGGAAGAAGCGUCAUCUAUGGACUACAGUCAUACCUCUUGUUACGUUAGGUUCAGGUUACGUUCUUUCAGGAUACGUCCUGCGGCGACCCGGAAGUAAUGGAACGGGUUACUUCCAGGUUUUGCCGCUCGCGCAUGCGCAAACGCUCAAAAUGCUGUCACACGCAUGCGCAGAAGUGGCAAAUCGCGACCCGCACAUGCGCAGAUGCGGGUUGCAUUCUGCUCAGGUUGUGAACAGAGCUCUGGAAUGGAUCCCAUUCGCAACCAGAGGUAUCACUGUACAUGGACUUCACUUAGACUACGGAACUCGCUCCCACAGGAGGCAGUGUCGGCCCCCAAACUAGAUGGCUUUAAAAGAGGAUUAGACAAAUCCAUGGAAGAGGAGAAGGUUGGCUAUUCUGUGUCUCCAGAAAACCAGUCGCUGGAAACCGCAGGAGGUGCUCAGAUCCCGCUUGAAGCAUCUGGUUGGCCACUGUGGGAACAGGAUGCUGGACUAGACGGGCCAUGUUGGCCUGAUCCAGCAGGCUCUUUUGUAGUGGUGUUGGAAUACAAAAUCACACACAAGGGCACAGUUCUCUUUAGUAACUUGUCUAUAAUUCUGGACCCUUGUGUGGUGUUAUCCUCUUGGAAUGAAGUAACUUCUUUGGAGAGAGGAACAUUCCUGAAGUCUUCCCAGUUGUGAAAACUGCAGUCAGCGCCUUGAAAUGUUUUUGAGGUGUGUAUUAGCUUGGGAAGAUAUUUGAAACAGGACCUUGUUCGGAAGGCUGUCUGUUACCUGCUGCUCAGAGCAUUCUUCAGUACAAAAGCAUCAUUUUUGUGCUCUAUGGUUCUUUGUAAACCUUGCUGAAAAGUAUGCUGUGGCAAUGAUACUUGUCCACUGUAUUGUAAUCUUCCAGUUGUGUGUCUCUCAGCGCUUUGUGCUUUGUGCUUUUGGGCCUGGACCUGGGAGAACAGGGUCCCAAUCCCCAGUCCACCAUGGCGAUCGCUGCGUCACCUGGGGCCAGUCACAGCCUCUCAGCCUAACCUCCUUUGCAGGGUUGCUGUGAAGAUAAAAAUGAGGAGAAGGAGAACCACUUUGAGCAGGCCACUUCAAGCUCUUUGGAUGAAAGAACGUGAAAUAUUCAUCUACUAGCUAUUUUUUUAAAAAAAACACCUUUGAUACUACAGAUAGCACCAAACAAGGUGGGCAAGUGAUCUUUAUCACCCUUGAACCACCUUUUUAUUCAGGUCUGGAUUUUCCUUUUUCAGAAUAGUAUUUGAGGAGCAGAGUCUGUUAAUGACCAGGAACACUUUCAGUGUUGCCUCGAGAGAUGCUUAGAUGAACAUGGAACGAUUCCUGAAUGCAUUAGCUGAAUGUCUGGUUUGUUUUUUAUGAAUGGCGUCUCUAAUUGUCCGUGUGUGCUGAUGAUCUCUUUGGCUUUUAAUGAGGCCAGCCUAACUGCACGAGGAACCCCACUGGCUGCUUGGGGGGCAGAGGUAUUUUUAGGGGGUGCCACUGAUCAUAGCAAGCUGCCUUAUCCACCUCACUAUUGUCCAAACUGACUGGCUGUGGCUCAGCAGGGCUUCUGGCUGGAGUCUCUGUCAGCCCACCUGGAGAUGCCAGGAAUUGAACCUUCUGCAUGCCAAGCAGGUGUACUGAGCUACAGCCCUUCCCCACAUGAAGUAACACAUAGCCCUAGGACACAUGUCCCAGAAUUUCCAGCUGUAUUUCCAGCAUAUACUUGGGGCAACAAGUUAUCUCAGAGUCGCUGGAUUUAAUUGUUUGUUCAUUUGAUCUCCUAAAAUAUCCAUAUGAAAGUUCUGAGAACAGCAAAACGGGCAAGGGGGAAAAUGGAGCAAUUGAAAAUUGUUGUUAGAUUCCUUUUUUAAGGUUUCUAGAGCAGUGUUUGCUUGCAGCUGAGGUUUUGUAUACAGUGGUACCUUGGUUGUCAAACUUAAUCCGUUCCAGGAGUCUGUUUGACUCCCAGAACGGUUUGGAAACCAAGGCACGGCUUCCGAUUGGCUGCAGGAGCUUCCUGCACUCAAUCAGAAGCCGCGGAAGUCGCAUUGGAUGUUCGGGUUCCAAAAAACGUUCGCAAACUGGAACACUCACUUCCAGGUUUGCAGCGUUCAGGAGCCAAAACAUCUGAGUACCAAUACAUUUGAUAACCAAGGUACAACUGUAUUUUGAAGAACAAGCAGUGAGUCUCUUUUAAUUUACAUUUCCCUUAAUUGAAUUUAUACCCACUGCUGCCUUUUACCCAAGCACACAGUUUACACACAACUUUCUAGCUAAAAUCAGGGCUGAUUACAGUAUUGUGGGUUUCCAAACUGUGGCCUGCUUUGCUGUAUGGAAGGGUUGUGACAUGUUUGUGUGAGAAUUUCCUAGGAGAAGGAGGCUGAAAUCCUGUUGCAUUGCUACAUUUCCCUCUUGCUCGCUUUUCUGUUCCCAGCCGAUCCAGGGAGAGGAGCAGCUCCACCCUCCACUGCUGGGUUUCUCUUGGCACACAAUGCUCUCUCAUGCCACCGAAACUUGUCAGUUUUGCUAGUUGAGUAAAGAGACUUUCAGGUGCAUUGGGGAGCUUAAGAUGCCAACUGGCCAUGUGUGAAGUGGGAAGGCACAGCCAGUUCCUUACAGAUUGCAGCUUCUCUUGAACUGCAUUUCUCCCUUGGUAGGCAGUAUUAUUAUAAUAUAAAACCAUCUGUUAUAUCUGUUUAUUAUAUAUACAGGGCAGCUUCCCCUUACAUGUAGCUGAAGACCCCUAGAGAACAGCCACUCCCAUCAACCUCAGCCACAACGGCUGACGGGGGCUGCAGUCCCAGACACCCAGCGGGCACUGAGGUGGUGGGAGAGAUUGUGAGCCCCACCAUCUGCAGGUGAAUGGGAUGUAGCCCAGGGGUUCCCAAAGCGACUGAUCCCUCCCACUGGGGGGCAGUGGGGUUACCUAGGGGGGCACUGAGAGGCAAGGGGAUGCAGGGGGCACUGGAGAUGUGAAUGACUAUUAGACUUUGAAAAGUUGAUAUCGCUGGAUCAAGUUCAUCAGCUUUGUUGCAUUAAUUAAACUAAACAGGUUUAAUUGGGGUUUGAAUAGAUGUUGAAUUGUUGCUAUCUUGAAUGUUAUUGUGUUAUUAUAUUCCUUAGUGGGUCAUGCAGUCCUGGCCAGGCUAGACUAGGCAGCACUGGGGAUGAGUUUAUGGGGCAGUGGCCCCAAUAAGUUUGGGAACCACUGAUAUAGCCAUUCUUAAACUUUUGCAGUGACUUUGCCUCCCAAAGUUUCCCUUCAUCAUUCCUUUGCUGUCUGUCUAGCCAUCUGACUUGAGAAUAUAAUAUACAUCUAGUUGAACCCUCUGCCUUCUUGGUGGUGGUCUCAUGGCGGGAUAUUUGGGUGCAUCUUGGUCUUCUGAAUAGUCUAACCAGGAUUUGGGUCCCAUGGCAAAACAUGGAGAUCUCGCAGUGGGAAAAACAAACCAUCUGCAGUGGUACCUUCAGUUACAGACGCUUCAGGUUACAGACUCUGCUAACUCAGAAAUAGUACCUCGAGUUAAGAACUUUGCUUCAGGAUGAGAACAGAAAUCGCGGUGAGGCGGCAGCGGGAGGCCCCAUUAGCUAAAGUGGUACCUAGGAUUAAGAACAGUUUCAGGUUAAGAACGGACCUCCAGAACAAAUUAAGUUCUUAACCUGAGGUACCACUGUAGUGACUUUACUCUUUUGUUUCCCUCUGGGAGGCUGGAGUCUUUUUGGGGGUGGGGGCGGGUGGAGGUGACUUUGAGAAGCUCACCUUGGCUGUGGCAUACUUUUGGGAUAUGCUACCAGACUGUCCAUCUUUCCAUCCCUGUGGGAACCCCAGGUAAUGUUCAGAAAGGCUGCUGGUAUAGUUUUGUAGAAAGAGGAUGAACUGGAGAAGACCCCUUCCCCCCAAUUCACACCUCCCUUCUAUCACCAAUUCACUUGCUAGCCGGCUCCUCACUCAGUUUAGUAGGAGGCUCAAGCUGAACUACCUUAAAAGGCUCCUUUUUGGUUCUUAGGCUGGUAUGGUGAUCACAUUGCUGUUGCAGACCAUCUCUGAUCAGGCUAUGGCCCUGUAGUGCCCUCUUCUCCCACUAGGUGCCCUCCAGAUGUUUUGGACUUCAGCUUCCACCAGCCCCUGCCGACAAGACCAUGCAAUGCUCACACUGUUGGGAGCCCAACUGGGGCUGGAGGGAGUUGUAGUACAAAACAUCUGGAGGGUACCUGGUUGGCUCUCAUAUAUUCAUGCAGAAGGUUCACACUGUAGGCCACACACUGGCUUCAGAACAUUCUGGACUUCAUAGUUCAGCUUCUCUCUGCCACUCGCAUCAACAAAACCAGAAUGACCGUAUACUACUCCUGAAGCAGAAAAUUGUGCUGCCUUGAGGGGGAAAAAAGAGGAACACACUGUAUUGUUCAUGGCUCAUUUUUUGCCUCCCAAAAUUGCUUGAGCAAAGCCCAGUGGUUUUUUCCCCAGGGCAAGGGCUGGGGGUGGGGGUGGCACGUAUACACACACCCUCUUCCGAAGAACUUGGGAAGGCCCUCUUUUCUUUCAGCUGCAAAUGUUUUGCCUUUACAUCACACAGAAUCGCUUUGCAUUGACUUGGUCUGCGCCUACUCAUUGUGUGUGACUUUGCAAAUUGCUUGAACAAUUGCUCAGUGCUGUGCUUGUUUUGUAGAACUGUGGUCGUAUGGCACAGUCAUGUGGGUCCUCGACUAAAAAGACGGACCCUUGAAUUUUUUGAGAGAGGAAGGUGUGUUGGUGCCCUUUCCCCUUUAGGCAGAAUCCCCAGGGUUUGGUCCCAUUCCUAUACCUAACUGUGGAGCUCUCUCCCACGGGUGGCAGUCAUGGUCGCCAUUGGACAAAGACAUGUAGGAGAGGAAUAGUGAUGGUUACUAGCCAUGAUGACUAGCUGGUGGGAACCACAGGAGGGGAGAGGUCUCGAAUCCUGCUUGUGGAUUUCUCACAAGCAUCUGGUCAGCCACGGUGAGAAAAGGAUGCAUUGGCCUGAUGCAGCGGGCUCUUUGUAUGUUCUUGUGUUCAUUCCCCUGUCCCACCCACCAGCCCUUCUUGGUCCUCUCCACAGGAGAGGUCUUCAAGAGGCUCCUUUUGCCAAGGCAUGAAGUCACCAUCUGUGCUGUUAUGCCAGCAUUACAAGACAACUGGGACAUGGUAUUAGCACACUGACGUACGUUACUGUAAUAGCAGCUCCUAACGUUGCGUAGCUCUGCUCAUCUUGUGCAAUUCUAAGGGAGGGCAGAAUUUUCUCAUGGGCCUGAAUUCUGCAGCUAGAAGAUCAGAGCCCUUUCAGAUAAAGCAAAUGCUUCCAAGUGUUUGUUGCAGCGACGGGCUUGAAAGUGGCCGGCUGGAGGCAGAGGGGUGGGCCGGCAUGAGUGCCAGUCCACGUGAGCAGGAUGUGUGUUUGUUCCAGGGUCCUGCUGCCUCCAUCACACUACAUACAUAGGAUAGAGUUGCAUGACAAUAAACUUGGUUUAUUUAUUUAUUGCAUUUAUUUCCCACCUUUAUUUUCAAGGAGCUCAAGGGGCAGCAUACAUGCUUCCCACCCUCCUCAUUUAUUCCGCACAACAACCGUGUAGGGCAGGUUAGGCUGAGAGGCAGCAACUAUCCUAAGUGAGCUUUAUGACUGAGUGGGGAUUGGAACCCUUUCCUCUCCCAAGUCCUAGUCCGACACUCUAACCACUGUACCACACUGCAUAUUUCAUUACAACGGGGACAAUUUGCUCACUGUGAUUGUGAGAUACCUCUCUGUUCGCCAGAGACCUUGGCGUGUCUGGUUUCAGAAUUGGAAUCUUGUCAACAUGGUGUGCGCACAGCCCAGUUUGUGAGAGGUAGCCUAACAGUGUGGUGCAAAGUGACUUUGUGCAACCAAAACAGGCAGCACAGGAGCAUCUCAGGGAUGCCAUCCUUGUUGGGUUUGAUGCCCUGCAAACAUAACUUGCUGGGGCAGAUGCAGACUUCUCAUGGUACAGGGCAGCUUUUUUUAAAAAAAUAAUAUUUUAUUAGUUGAAUAUAAGAACAACAUAUAAUCAAGUACAAGCAAUCAAAUACAGUUUUCCCCUAACCCCCCCCCAAACAGCCCCAACUACGUCCAGAUAAUUACAUUAGUAAUAUAGCCAAAUAAAAAAUUAUUUCUAGAGUUGCUGGUUUAAGAAAUAUCAUUCCACAUGCUCCUGUGUGUCUUAGGUGGUUUAAAUGCAAGUUCUUUCUUUGAUGUGAAUGUAAUAAUGGAGGACCACAUUAUGUAAAAGUUAUGUACCAUAUUUUUUGCUCUAUAAGACUCACUUUUUCCCUCCUAAAAAGUAAGGGGACAUGUGUGUGCGUCUUAUGGAGCGAAUGCAGGCUGCGCAGCUAUCCCAGAAGCCAGAACAGCAAGAGGGAUUGCUGCUUUCACUGCACAGUGAUCCCUCUUGCUGUUUUGGUUUCUGAGAUUCAGAAUAUUUUUUUUCUUGUUUUCCUCCUCCCAAAACUAGGUGCGUCUUGUGGUCUGGUGUGUCUUAUAGAGCGAAAAAUACGGUAGUUUCUCAAGUUGUUUUCUUUCACGUAUCCUUUCUGUUAACUUUGCCAUCAAAAUGAAUUCCCAGACAUAAGUAUUGGCAGCUUUUGCAAAAGACUCUUUUCCUGCUCUUAAAGAAUCCUGAAUGGUAAGGGAGGGUUUUCUGUUCGGAUUUUUGUUGUUGUCUGGGACAGAAACGUUGGUGGGAUCACCUUUGCUGUCUUGCUUUGUGCCGUUUCCAUUUUUGGAACAGCUGCCGUGAACUUCCUCUGAAUCAAGCUGGGAAACGAAGUUUUCUCUCCUUCCAGGAGCGCUCCUCCUCCUUUGUGGUCCUGCCGGGUCUCCUUCCAGGCAGGCAGACCUCUGUUGUGGUUGCACUUCCUUGCUUCUGCUUCCAAUUACGUCCCCUUGUAUGUGGCUGUGAUUGGGGAGCUGGGGUGCAAACAUCUUCCCUGCUGCUGCUCGCUGCUCAAUGCUUUGUUGUGCUGCUAUUGCCUGUUUUGCUAUUGCUUGUUUUGUCUUGGAAGCGCCAUGUAAUUCAGUAGAACAAAGUGUGUGUGUGCGCGCGCACAUUUGCGUUUGCACAGUUCUCAAUAUGCUGUAGGAAUAACUGCCUUGAGUUAGAGAAAUUUUGGUGAAAUCACAGUCGUGGAGACAGAGAGAAAUUUGGAAGGAAGGGGGGGUUGAAAUUGGGAAUUGUCCUAAUGAGAAGCCUCUUCCGGAGGAGAUUUAAAUAUGCCAAAGUAAGAAAAAAGAAUGGGUAACUGUCUGGGAAAUGGUUUUUAUUUAGGGGCCAGCGAUUGUAAAUAAAUCAGGACAUCAGCAGACAUGGAUUAAAAACGCUUGCAAAAAGCAACAAUAAGGAUAAUUUUAAAAGGGGAAAGUCUGUAAGCAGAGAUGUGUAAUGCAUAAAACAGUUUAAAUAUUUAAAAUAUCUGUGCAGUGUAUCAGAAAUUUAAUUGUUUAGUAGUUGGAAAAUUGGGUAAAAAGAUUUGGAAUGUAAGAUGAUUUGGUUUAUUUAAAGAACCAGAAGAGGGGGUGGAGGGAAGUCUGGGGAUUUGGGGUGUGUGUGUGUUUUAUUUUUGGUUAUUUUUUAAUGUUGAUGAGAAAUGUGCAGGGUAAUAUGGUAUUGAUACAACAUGGCAUAUACAGUAUUGGAUUUUUAUAAUUGAAAACUAAUAAAAAUUAUUUAACAACAAAAAAAGGAAUAACUGCCUUGGAUCGCCAACCCUUCUCUUCUUUCCGCUCCCUCCAUCACCCCCGUCUGGGUACAGUGGGACUGCAUCUUACGUGGGGGUCUGGGUCCAAGGGUUCCAUGUUUGCACGAAAACCAUGUAUACCAAACCCUUGGAGCUACUUAGUGGGUGAAGGAGAGGGAGAGAGAAUCCCCAGGACUCCCAGGGACUGAGUGCUGAGCUGGCUUUGCCCAGCAAGGCAGAGAAUGAGAAAGCUCUUUCCGCUCCAGGUCUGCUUGGUGGGCAAGGUGUUCUUGGCCCCUCCUCUCUGGAAGGAUGCUCCUGCGAGAUCUCAUAAGAACGCAGAUGCCCCUCAAGAUCUCAGGAGAGCAUCCCAGAGCUGGUGCACUGAGCAAGUCUUGCCCCCACCCUCCCAGUAAGAAGAAGCACUUAAAAACUCCUUCCAUGUUGGGUAGCCCAAGCAGACGCCACACAACGAGAGCUUUUAAGCUCUUGCCCUUGCUUGGAUUUUUUUUAAAAAUAAUUUUUUAUUAGUUUUUUUAACAUGCCAUUUUCAACAGUAAUUAAACAUAUUUUAACAUCUUAUUCAAUAUUUGGACUUCCAUCAGUCCAGUCUGAAAAUUUUCCAAUCUAAUCUCUUAGUAUACAUUUCUUAUUCCCUGUUACAUUUAAAAUUCAUAACCAAUAUCUCUAUUCUUUAGCUACUUUGUAGCACUUCAUAUAUUUCUUCCUACACAACUUCUUGUAGUCCUACUAGCGUAAUUUGUUGAUUACAAUUGCUAUUCAAAUAGUUCAUAUACUUCUUCCAAUCUUCUGUAAAUCUCUGUUCCUGCAGGUUUCGAAUCCUUCCUGUCAUUUUGUCCAAUUCUGCAUAGUCCAUUAUUUUCGUCUGCCAUUCUUCUUUCAUUGGAAUUUCUUCUUGCUUCCAUUUCUGGGCUAACAAUACUCUUGCCGCUGUUGUUGCGUAUAAAAACAAUUUGACAUCUUGCCUAUUAAUAUCCUGACCUAUAAUACCAAGUAGAAAUGCUUCUGGUUUUUUAAAAAAUGUAUAUUUCAACAUCUUUUUCAUCUCAUUAUAUAUCAUUUCCCAGAAGUUCUUUAUUUUCUUACAUUCCCACAUUGCAGGGGGCUGGACUAAAUGGCUCUUGGGACCCCUUACAACUCUAAUUCUUUGUGGUCAAAUUUGUGACUGUUAAAUGGGCAUAAAUUGUGACCAUACUGUACUUCACUGUGGAAUCUUCUGCAAGAGGCUUGAUUGAGAGCCCAAAGUGCUGCCUUCUCCACCGCUGCUCAGUUCCGAAGGCCCAAUCCUUCAUUCUUGACAAAGUGACUGCAGGCUGGUCAGACAGGAAUCGGGCAGCUUCUGAACUCUGAGGGUGCCAUGAUUUUGAAGGGGAUGUAGAAAGCAACCUAGAGUCGGACCACUUGCUCAUCUGUCUGAGACCCUGGGUGAAGAGCAGAGGGCCACGACUUAAGCAGUUCUGUUCCAUGAAUAUGAGGCGCUUGUGUUUGUUUUGUGGAAGCUGACAUUGCCUGUCUCUGGUUGUGAGUGUGUCCUGUCAGCUUGGGGAGUCUUCCUGCACUGCGACUAUUUGAUGAUUAAGAGGAGAAGUCGGAGUGUGAACUCAAGGUGGGGGGUAGGGAGAGAGAUGAAGAAGACUGCAAUGAGACGGCAGCCUGUACCGGUGCUUGCCUUUGCUUCCUUGCAUGGACUCCCAUGUCCCAAGAAGAUUGUCAGAAAAGUCUCCUCAAAACCACCCGUGUCUCUUUCAAGAGCAGAAUUAAGGAAGGGACCUUUAUUCUGGAUUAACCGAACCAGGGUGACUCAUGUGGGCUUUGCCCUGCAUCUGGGUGGACCUGAUCAUUCUGUCUUGGGGCAUGAGAAACAUUCUCUCUUCCUCUCCCUUCUCUGGAAUUCCCAGCCCUGCCUCAGCACCCCUCUUCCCACCCCCCACCCACAAAGGCACACCAGCUUGAAAGCAGCUGCAAGUUAAGCAGAAGGGAGGCCUGGUUAGUGUUUGAACGAGAGCCCCCUUGGAAAUAUGGGGCGCUGUAAUUUUUUCUGUCAGUAGGGAAAGACCUUAGCUCAGGAGCAGAGCUGACUUUGCCUGCAGGAAUUCUCAGGUUCUACCUCCAACAUCUCCAGGGAUGGCUGGGAGAGAGACCCUGAAACCCAGGAGAGAUGCUGCCGGUCCGAGUUGACAGUACUGAGGUGACUGUACUGGUAGCUUCUGAUAUCCCCAACCCUGCACUAAAUAGCAAGGGCGCUUUGUAGUGAUUGCUCCAGGGACUGGGACCACAGUGGCACCUCCAGUUAAAAUAAAACAAAACCAGUAUUUCAACCUUGUUCAGCCUGGUGUCCUUCACUGUUUAGGUAUGUUUGUGUAAUUUAUUGAUUUAUUAUUUUAAUUAUUGAAUUUCUGUUCCAUCCUUCAUCCGACGAUUCCAGUGCAGUUUAUAACAUAAAAACACAAAAAUGCAUACCAUAAUAACAAACAAAAGCAAUAACCCCCUGCCCGCCACGGUUUAAAAGCCCAUGGAUUGUUUAAUUAGGCCAAUACCUGGGAGAAGGGGAAUGCUCUUGCCUGGCACCUGAAGAUAUGUAAUGAAGGCGCCAGGCACACAUACUACGUACAUUCAUACUACAACUCCCAUCAUCCCUGUGCAUUGGCUGGGACCAGUGGGCACUGUAGUCUAAACCAGCUAGAGGGCAAGCAGGCUGGGGAAGGCUGCAGGGACUCAGUCCCAAAUGCUGGUCCAGCGCUCUGACUGGCAGCUCCUUAGAUAUACAUGCAUUAAAAUAAAGAUUCCCUUCCCUGCCCCCCCCACGAGGGGGGUCACUAAGACCAGCUGUGUGUGAAAGCCAGUUUUUGUAGUUCAGUGUUUUGAGAAUCCAUCGGAAGCCCUUGCCAGGCAUUCCUGUGCCUUCUGACUCCCCCAAGAACUCUUCCUUUGAACCGCGUGGGCCCAUCGGUCUUUUAAUAACUCAGAAUUCCCAGCUGAGCUAAUGAGUUCUCUCUCUGUGUUUUUUGUGGGUGCUGAACCCCGGCUGAGCUGGAGAGGUGCUUCUUCUGUGGGGCAGGGGGAAUGCCACGAUCUCUGCCCCAGUUUGAAUCAUGGUGGGCACCAAUCCCAAGGAUGAGGUCGGUGAAAGCGCUUCCAAAUCUUUUCCCAUCACGCCCGGUGAUGCUGUUGGCAUAUUUAUGGGUCGCUGUUUGGCUCGGCCAAGAGCUGCCUUGGUCGGGAUCUGAGCCAGUGUCCUCGCUGGUGCCGUUCUGAGCCAGUCCAGGGAUUGGGUUGGCCCCCAACUCCUCUUCCUUCCCAGCUGGCACCUCCAGCAAAAUCAAAGGAACAAUGUGAAGCAAAUGCUCUUCCCCACCCCACUUGCUAGUGAAAGUUCCUGUGUCCACUUCUGCCUGUGGUUCUGCCCACCUAACAGACGGAAUUUGUUGCCUGGUAUACGCUUUUUGGCAAGCACUUUCCCGUAAUGUAAUGAAGUUGGUCCAGUAUGUUAUUUCCACUAAUGCCCAAUUUUGUAUGCCUUUCCCUUACCAUACAGUACAUAUUUUAAUGCAUUUUUUAGUUGGAGAAUUGCACUGCAAAAUUUGGCUGUAUGAAUUUUGAAAGAGAGCUGCAUUUCAGUUGCAUUUGCAAAUUUGGUGCAUAUUAAAAUGCAAACAGAACAAAUUUCUCCCCCAAUCCUACUUCCAUCCCAUGCAGUCGUCCUCAUCAGGGACACUAUCAGAUGAGGUUUCUUUGCUCCUGAAACCCAUCAAGUUACUCUUUAAAAAACAAAACAAAAAACACUUUUAUUUUUUCUUUGUAUAAUCUUCAACUGCUGCAAAGGGCAGUUAAAAUCAAGUCCCAUUUUAUUAGUUAAAAAGUGACUCCUGAAUCUGAGAAGGAUGAAGACCGGAUUAAAGUCUGAAUAGUUCUGACUUUAGUUGCUCUCUCCCCCCCCCCCCGCCCCCGCAUGUGCUCUUGCCAAGAAAUCCAUUCAUUUUUGUUAAUUUGAUUACGAAGUAGCUGAUUGCAAGAUCCACUCUUUGGCCUUUGAUCAUGUGCAGAAGGGGGAACAUAGUUUGAGCCAUGCAGCCCAGUCUUCUGUACGUUCACUUGGAAGUAAAUAUAUUGGAAGUAAGCAUGGCAUGCAGGCCUUGAAUCACAACCCUAAACUCUCACCCUUGCUGGGUUGCAUCAGAGUGUUUUGGGUGUUGACUUUGGGUUGCAGAUGUACCUGAAUAAUAAGGGGGGGGGGGUUGACACAAUAUGAAAAUGCUUGUCACGGUGGGAUUUUCAGUAGCCGGAGCUUCUAAAGUAAACUCUUGACGCUCUCAAAUGAUCCCUGUUUUUAAAGCUGGCUAUUUUUCCUUCUCUAGGUAUUGUAUUAGCUGUGUGCCAGGCCGUGGAGAACACAACGUCCGCCUUGAGUGGUGAGUUCAUUAAGUUGUAAAAUGAAAUACGCUUGAUGCCACCUGCCACUGUUUGCCUUCCCGUGUGGCUGGGUGUCAGUCAAAAAGCACGUGUCAAACGCUUCUCUGUGGUCUUGGUUCUUUGGUCUCUUGAGCUCCUCUUGGGCUAUAAAUGCAAUAAAUAACAAACCAGUAAGAGUCCCUCUAUGGGAAGCAGUUGGCACUGUGGUCUAAACUAGUGUUUUUCAACCUUUUUUGGGCAAAGGCACACUUGUUUCGUGAAAAAAAUCACGAGGCACACCACCAUUAGAAAAUGUUAAAAAAUUUAACUCUGUGCCUAUAUUGACUAUAUAUAAAGUAAUUCUCUUGAAUAGGAAUCAAAUAAACACAAAGAAAAUAUUUUAUAAUUACUUUAUUAUGAAAUAGUAAGUAAACAGAAAUAUGAAAAAUUAUAAAAUACUUUAUUCAGUGCGCAACCUGGGCCUGUUUGGCUGAACACAAAGCUGAUAUUCUGGCUGGAAUCGAAGAAAGACACACACGUAGCUCUUCGUCAACAGCUCUCACUGUAUUUAGUUUUUAUAGCAAUCAUGCUUGAAAAGCUCAUCUCACACAGAUAUGUAGUGGAAAAUGGGAGCAAUGUCAAAAUAGCUUUGUUUGCCAGAAGGGGGAACUCCUUGGCAGUAUCCAACCAAAAACUGUCCAAAGGUAGAUCAGCAAAUCUUAGCUUGAAACCACGAUUUUGUCUCAGUUCAGUUAGUUCCUCCUGCUCCUGUAAAGUCAUGUCCUUUCCACCAACUGAUGCUGAGCUAUAAGGGUCCCUAACCCAGUCAAGGCAUUCAGUGGAGACUGAAGAGAAAUAAAAUGACAACUUCUCCGAUCCUCCUGGUGACUUGAGUCGCGACAUCUUCUUCUCUCCGCUGCUGCGCACACUGUGCACGGGCGGGAAGGAAGUCGGAAGAUGAUGUCCUACUGUGAUAGGUCCAGGCUGGAGUCUGGACCAAUCACAGCCCGGACAUCAGAAAAGUGGAGGGUGUCCCCCUGAGGAGCGCCAAUCGGCGCCCCUGCUGGCCGAGGGUGGGGUCAAAAACCCCACCCCCCCAUACCCAGGACACAGUCCGGCGCCCGCCUAGUGGGCGAAAAUUUGAAUAUAUAUUUUUUAAAUCUUUCGAAUUUUUCAAUUUUUCCCACGGCACACCAGGCAACAUCUCGCGGCACACUAGUGUGCCACGGAACAGUGGUUUAAAAACACUGGUCUAAACCACUGAGCCUAGGGCUUGCCGAUCAGAAGGUCGGCGGUUCAAAUCCCCAUGACGGGGUGAGCUCCCGUUGCUCGGUCCCUGCUCCUGCCAAUCUAGCAGUUCGAAAGUACAUUCAAGUGCAAGUAGAUAAAUAGGUACUGCUCUGGCAGGAAGGUGAACGGCGUUUCCAUGCGCUGCUCUGGUUUCUCCAGAAGCGGCUUAGUCAUGCUGGCCACAUGACCUGGAAGCUGUACGCCGGCUCCCUCGGCCAAUAAAGCGAGAUGAGCGCUGCAACCCCAGAGUCGUCCGCGACUGGACCUAACAGUCAGGGGUCCCUUUACCUUUACGAGUUCCUCUUGGUCCAAGGCUGCAAUCUGCCUUGUGUGUGAAAGCUUGGAUUUGGGCUGCUGUUCACUCCUGCAGGGUGACUGUUUAAGUGACAGCCCCUCUCCCAGCUCAACACUCUAACCACUGCAACGCAUUGCCUCUGCCCUGUGGUGGCUGCCUGCUGGCACAGAUUCCUCCAGCUUGUCUGCAGGCUCACUCUUAAUUCCCCUGAUCCUUGCAAACAAAUAAAUAAAUACAAAUACUUCCAUUUGGAGGUCUCCCCCUCUCCAGCAGUCAACAUGGGAACUUUCUUUUGAUUAAUUUCUGAGACUGCAGGAGGUGUGGCUGCCAGGAUCUCUGUGACGGGGGUUUCUCAUUUAAACCACUUUUAGGUCACCUCUUGUUCAGCUGCUCCCAUUUUCAGCUGAUGUAACCAAGGAGAGAGAUUCUCUUAUCUCCAGCAUUGUUAACCUGGUUUUCUGCUGGCAAAAAUGGAAGGAGGUGGUAUCUGGUGGCAGCUCAGUUAAAAAACAAAAACCUUUCCUCAUUCCAGCAGGGCUUGAUAAGAAUGGACUGCACAGCUGCCUAGUUAUAAAAUUAUACUCUUCUGUUUAAGCUUCCUUUUUCUGGUCUCGAGGACAGGUAAUGACGCAGAGCUGGUCCAGCCUUGCAACAUUUUGUUCCUCUUGCAGCAGGGAUCGUAAUACUGGGUUGAAAGGGAUGGGACCUCCCUCCUCAUUUUCAGCAGGAAAAGGAGAGGGAGAAGGGGGGUGCCAAGGGAAUGUAUUUUUGUUCUCCCCUGCCCUGCCCACCCCCACCUGACUCCCAUCAAUCUUUCUCCAGUAGAUAGAUUGAGCUCUCUGGUCUUUCCCCAGUUUAGAAUACGAAGAACUUAGUAAUUUACUUGCUGCAUCAACCCAAAAUGGGUCCCACUGCAUAUCUCUGAGGACCAUGGCGGUGAUGGAUUUCCCAAAUAUUUCAUCCAAUAGUUUUUGUUGUUUUUUUUUUUAAAGUAUGGCUGAUUGAGAAAAGGAGGCAGCCGUUAGGAGUCUUUUUGGGGUGGUCAGCCUCUUGUUCCUGCUCCCCAGUUUUGCCAAAUGUGCUGUUGUCAAAACUGUCUUUAGAAAAUCACCUUCCUUUUGCUCUUCUGCCUAGAUAUGUAUUUUCUCUGUUAGCCUUUAUUCAAGCAGUUGCAUUUUCGUUUCUUGGGUGUAGGUUUGGGGUAUUUCUGUCUGUAGGUUUUUAAAACUUACUAGACAUUUUGCAAAGGAAGGUCUCAGCGCCAGCCUUUCCCCAACCUGGUGCCCUCUAUUGGACUACCGCUCCCAUCAGCCCCAGCUAGCACAGCUGUAUGAUGCUAGAGUUGAUGAGAGUGGAAGCCCAAAUCAUCUAGAGGGCACCAGGUUGGAGAAAGCUGCUCAGUGCUGUGGUACAGAGAGCAUUAAGCAGCUGUAGGCUGGACGCAGAACCAGCUACUCUGUCUCUGGAGCCUCAGCCCUUGGCCUGAUUCCCUUUUAACUUGCAGUGCCCUGGGGUUAAGAGUGGGAUCUGCUUCUGCAAUCCUCUAAUCCACUGGGCUAUUAACCCCGAGCUUUUGUGGUGUACAGAAAUCGCCCUUCCUAUAUAGAUUAAACCUGUGUACAUGGCCAGCCUUGUUCCAAUGAGAUGCUUCCUGGAGCGAAUUAAAUUGGCCCCGGGCUGUUAGGGUGGCUUCCAUGGAGGGAUAUGCAAAGCAUGAGCGGGUCCUGAGAUCAAAGGGCAGCUUAGCUUUACAGGAGGCAGGAUCUCUGCUGAAAUGCUUCUGUCUGUUACUAAUCAGGCGGCAGCCUUCCCUAAUGAUGCUUUGCAGUUGUGGGAGAAGAGGAGGAUGUUCCGCAGCUGUGGAGGCAGAGAGAGGAGUUUGGCGUGAUAAUAACUUCAGUGCUUUACGAGGAAGUCUCCUCGUUGCUGUCCUGGCUGUAUGGGCUUCCAGCACUGUGUGGUGUGUCAUAUGUGGCUGCUUCACACUUUAUGCAUUUUGGAGCCAAAGGAUCUUUCCUUCCUUCCUCCCUUCCUCCCUUCUUCCCUUCCGUGCAGACAAGCCUGAGACGUAUGGGAAUCCUGCACAUGGGUUUCUUGCUCCCUUGAAACCACAACCGGCAGCCUUUAGGGGGAGGCAAUCCUGGGGUCUUUGAAGUGAUGCUGCUGGAGAGGGAAGUUUGCCACGGUAGGCUAGACGGUUCCUCAAACCUCUCCUGGGCGCUGGCAAAACAAAAAUACGUUGGAGUCAGUAAUGCACCAUAAUUGGGCCAAAGCUAAGAACAUAAGAGGAGCUUGCAGGAUCAGGCCAAUGGCCCAUCUAGCUAAGCAUCCUGUUCUCACAGUGGCCAACCAGAUGCCUCUUCUGGGAAGCCCAGGAGCAGGAUCUGAGCCCAAGAGCCCUCUCUCCUCUCCGGUGGCUUCCAGCAACUGGUGUUCAGAAACCAUGGAGGCAGACCAUAGCCACUGUGGCUCAUAACCACCAUUUACCCUCUCCUCCUCCAUGAAUUUGUCUAACCCUCCUUUACAGCCAUCCAAGUUGGUGGCCAUCACUGCCUCCUGUGGGAGCAAAUUCCAUAAUUUACGUGCUGUGUGAAGAAGUCCUUUCUCUUGUCUGUCCUGAAUCUUCCAACAUUCAGGUUCUUUAGAUGUCCAUGAAUUCUAGUGUUAUGAGAGGGAGAAAAACAUUCCUUCAUCCACUUUCUCCAUGCCAUGCAUAAUUUUAUAAACUUCUAUCAUGUUGCCUCUUACUCACCUUUUCUCUGAACUGAAUAGUUCCAAAUUCUGCAACUUUUCCUAAUGGGGGGGAGCCCCUAGAAUAUUUUGGUUCUUCUGAACAUUGUCCAACUCUACAAUAUCCUUUUUGAGAUAAUGUCACCCAGAGCUCUGGUUGCAACAAACACUAAGCCAUGGUUGGUUUGCAUGUCUGUCUGGAUCCUUUCCAGUGGGCUGUGAGUUGUCCGAACCCAACAGCCCUGCUUAACCAUAGUUUGUUUGUCCACACACCAAAUACUCAGCAAGAUGCAGAAUCAUGAGGCAGAAGCAGCUGGAAAACAAACCAAGUUUGGGAGAAACAAGCCGUGGUUUGUUUUCCUUGCCUGUGACACAACUUACAAUUGAACAAACCAUGGUUAGAACAAGCCAUAGUUUAGGAUUGUGUGCAAACACAGAUUCUGUUUCCUCAAGGCACUAAAAACUUCGUGCCAGGAAAACAAAUCCAUAUAAAUUACACAAAUGAAGCAAGUUUGUUUAAAUUUGGGUACCAAAGCCCCUCUCUGUGAUCUUGUUCAGACCCCUUUAAUCCUUGCAACCCUAAGGACUGGAAACAUAUUUUUCCUCCUUAAAUGGAAACUUAUUGUAUUUUUCAGGGACGCGGGUGGCGCUGUGGGUAAAACCUCAGCGCCUAGGACUUGCCGAUCGCAUGGUCGGCGGUUCGAAUCCCCGCGGCGGGGUGCGCUCCCGUCAUCCGGUCCCAGCGCCGGCCAACCUAGCAGUUCGAAAGCACCCCCGGGUGCAAGUAGAUAAAUAGGGACCGCUUACCAGCGGGAAGGUAAACGGCGUUCCGUGUGCUGCGCUGGCUCGCCAGAUGCAGCUUGUCAUGCUGGCCACGUGACCCGGAAGUGUCUGCGGACAGCGCUGGCUGCCGGCCUCUAGAAUGAGAUGAGCGCACAACCCUAGAGUCUGGCAAGACUGGCCCGAACGGGCAGGGGUACCUUUACCUUUACCUUACUGUAUUUUUCGCCCUAUAGGACGCACUUUUCCCCCUCCAAAAAUGAAGGGGAAAUGUGUGUGCGUCCUAUGGGGCGAAUGCAGGCUUUUGCUGAAGCCUGGAGAGCGAGAGGGGUCGGUGCGCACCGGCCCCUCUCACUCUCCAGGCUUCAGGAAGCUAUCCCCCCAGCCCGGCAAGCUCCCAGAGCGAUGCCGAAGCUGCGCCCUGGGACCCAUUCUGGGGGCUGGGGUCGGGGGAAGCCCCGCGCCUGGGGGGGGGGAAAUAAUUUCCCCCCCUUUAUUCCCCCCCCCCAAUCUAGGUGCGUCCUAUGGGCCGGUGCGUCCUAUAGGGCGAAAAAUACGGUAGGUUCUAAGGAAGUGGACUUCUCCACUCAGUGCCACAUUCUGUGUUGUUGUUUUUUUGCACUCCCGCUAUGUUGCAGUGGCGUCAUGGUGUGUGGCGUGUUCUGCUUCUUUGGGACCAUUAGCCUUGCGCUCUGUAUCAAACUUUUUGGCCCUUGGAGAGAGACCACCCCAGGUGUCACUUUGCAGGUGAUCAAGAGAUCUGCUGGAUGAAUGCAGACCAGUUGUUCUUUUAUGUGAAGCUAUAAAAUCCAAAGGCAACUUUACAACCCAGCCUGCAGCUGUCUAGGUGUGGAGUAAAAAUGGGUGACUCUGUUUUACCCUGGGUGAAAUACCUUCUCGUAGACCUGUCUAGUCCUUGGCACUAACAAUGCCUCUUGACCCUUUUGAGCUGCAAGUGCUUCUGAACAUGUGCGCAUUUCCUCAUAAACUCUUGGCCAUUUGACACACUUCCUGCGGAGGUACCAUAUCUGUAAGACAUUUUGACAGUUCACUGUCUUAAGCAUGCCUAAUUCAAAUCAGUUUUGACCUGACUCUUCCCAGAAAGAGUAAAAAAAAAUUACGUAGUCACUACAGCUGUGUUAGGGGACGCGGGUGGCACUGUGGGUUAAACCACAGAGCCUAGGACUUGCCGAUCAGAAGGUUGGCGGUUCAAAUCCCCACGAUGGGGUGAGCUCCCAUUGCUCCGCCCCUGCUCCUGCCAACCUAGCAGUUCAAAAGCACGUCAAAGUGCAAGUAGAUAAAUAGGUCCAGACAAAUACCUCAGCGGGAAGUUAAAUGGUGUUUCCGUGCACUGCUCGGGUUCACCAGAAGUGGCUUAGUCCUGCUGGCCACAUGACCCGGAAGCUGCACACCGGCUCCUUUGGCCAAUAAAGCGAGAUGAGCGCCGCAACCCCAGAGUUGGCCACGACUGGACCUAAUGGUCAGGGGUCCGUUUACCUUUACCUUUUUACCUCAGUGUUGCCCCCACUGACUGGCAGAGGCUUUCUGGCAGUGGCUCAAUGUGAGAGGCAGGUUGGCCACAAGUCCUUUCUCCUUUUGUCUGUCCUGAACCUUCCAAAAUUCAGAUUCCCCUUGCUCUGGCAAGCAAGAAUGUGGCUUUAGGGUUUAACUGUUGUUUGUGGCAGAGGAGCACUGAGGAAAUCCAAGGAUGAGGGAAAUAAUCAAACUUCUCUUUACUUUUACACUAGCAGUUUUGCACAGUUACACUGCUUUGCAAGGUGGUUUGUGUUUCUCAUGAAAAGCAAAUGGUUGCACAUCCGGUGACUGAAUAUCCUUUGUUAACGCCAAGUAUUGUCCCAGUAAGCAACCUGGCUGCCAAAUUCUGCACCAGCUGAAGUUUCUGAACCAUCUUCAGAGGCAGACCUACAUAUAGUGUGUUGCAAUAAUCUAACCUAGAGGGUACCAGAGCAGAGACAACAAAGGUUAGGUUAUCAAUAGGAUAGCACAGCUAGGCUACCAGCUGAAGCUGAUAGAAGUUGAUAUAGCUGAUAGCUGAAGCUGAUAGAAGGCACUCUGUACCACAGAGACUUCCUGGGAUGCAAAUGUGUGAUUCUGGCCUGUUCUUAGCAUCACUUUCAAUGAAUUCAAAGGCAAAUAACUGUUCUGAUCUGAAGACCUAUUCCUGGUGUUUUUCCACAGUCCUUUCAUAAGCAAACAGAGUCCUGUGAUUCAGGUCUUGAAUUCUGAGUAUCUAUGAAGUGAUUUGGACUAUUCCAAAGUGCCUACAAGUUGAGGAGAUGAAGUAUAACUGUGCAUAUAGAGAAUGCCCAAAUCCUGAAGAGUUUCAGCUGCUAUUGACAAAGUACCACUGAUGCACUUGGGUGCUCCCUGUCUCUUAGGAUGGAGCUUCUGGUCAACUGUCUGGUUAAAUAUUAUCAGUUGGCUGUAUUUUGCCAUAGUUACCGGUAAAUAUUCCAGGUAUUCGCCUGGCAUUCCUCUGUUCAAAUGGCAAGGGCUUGCUUCCUCGUCUCGCAGGUGUGUGUACAUGCUCAGUUUUGGAUCCACCUCAAUCUGCCCUUUGAAAUGAACACACUUAAACUGACUCCUGUCUUUUAAUAGAGGGGUGUGUGGUUUUUCAAUGGCAUUUAUAACUGUCUGGGUUCUUGGCUUUUUGCCAAGGGAACAACUCAAUCUCUUGCUAACAUGCUUGGCUAUAAAUAAUAGACUUGGGUGUUGUGAUUUCGUAACAGUUAAGUAACUUGGAUAUAUAGAUAUAGCUUUGUUUGUACCAUUCUUGAAUUGUGACUGGAAUUGUAACAAUUCAGAAUGUUACAUCUUUAAAACAGCCGCUCAUUACUUUGACAGAAGCUAAUUACUCUGACAAACCCUUGUAAUCCUUGUCAGACUUGAGAAUCCUAGAUGAGCCUUGUGUAUUAUUUCAUUCAUUCAUUCACUUAUCCAAUGUGGUAAUGCAUUUGAAAGGCAGCAUGCAAGGAUAACUAGCUUCAUAUAUAUUACAGGAACAUUAGCAAAAUGGACCUUAGUCAUAGUCAUUAAUUUCAGUGGGUCAGCUCUGAGUAAAACAUAGUUGCAUAGCACCCCAAGCUUUCAAAUGGUUGGCCUUUGCAGUGCUUCCAGUGCAGGCAUCCAGUGAACUUCCAGUGACCCAUCCAGCCAUACUUCUCCAGCAUAGUUGCUCCAGGCUUGCUUCCCUUCCCCUCCCCCACCCGCUGGCUCCACAUCUCACACUGCAUGGUCUUAGGCUGUGAAGCCUUUGGGAAGCUUUUGGAAUUUGAAUGGAAACUCCCUUUCAGGUACAGUGGUGCCUCGCAAGACGAAAUUAAUCCGUUCCGCGAGUGUCUUCGUCUAGCGGUUUUUUCAUCUUGCGAAGCAACCCUAUUAGCGGCUUAGCGGAUUAGCGCUGUUAGCGGUUUAGCGGCUAUUAAAGGCUUAUCGGCUUAGCGGAUUAGCUGCUAAAAGGCUAUUAGCGGCUUAGCGGCUUAGAAAAAAGGGGGGGGGAGCGAAAAAAAAUCUCAAGACUUGCAAGACAUUUUCGUCUUGCGAAGCAAGCCCAUAGGGAAAUUCGUCCUGCGAAGCAACUCAAAAACGGAAAACCCUUUCGUCUAGCGGGUUUUCCGUCUUGCGAGGCAUUCGUCUUGCGGGGCACCACUGUAUGUCUCUGAUGGCCUCAGCAUUGCUGCUUGAGAGGGCUUGGGGCUUUCACCUUGAACUACAUCUUGGCAUGAGCCUUUGAAAGGUCACCUAAAGACUUUCCUCAAGUUGUUUCCCAAUGAGGAUUUGGACUAUGACUCCCAUCACCCCCAGCAUCAUAUGGCUGUGCUGGCUGGGCCAGAUCCUCUGAAGGGCACCAGGUUAGGGGAGGCAGACGUAGAGAUUUGAACUUGGGAUUCCCCCAACCCAGGUCUCCCUAUUCCUGCACUAAUAUUCUGGUGUCACUGGUGCAGCGCUAUGUGGAAUAUGCUGGAUCAGCUGUUUCUUCCAUAAUGUGUGGAAUAGCCCAGUAAAUCAAAGGGCAUUGAAUUAUUUUUCUUCUUUACUCUAUUCCUUGUCUUGUGUCUGUCCCUCCCACCUCAUAGGAUGUUCAGUAGAUUUUAUGAAUGGAUUGAAUUGAAAGAGAUUACAUGUCAACACUUGCCCUUCUGGAAAGCACUGAAAUGUAAGAAAUAUGGCUUGUGCAGAAUACCUGUGUGUGUGGAGGUGUGUGGCAGGGGAAACCUGUCUCCCAUGAUCCAUUACUUGGAAUGGUGGGACCAUAAAAAGCCGGAUGUCUUAGGGUCUGUGUAUAUGUGUGUGUGUGUGUUUUCUUCACGCUUUUGCCCAGGUUCAAAGCAAAACGGCUCUGGAGGUUUGUAUGGGGCCAAUUCAUGCAUCCCCUGGUUAUUUACACGGCAGCCUGUUGAAAGGCAUUUUGUGUCUCUUGGAAGGUGAACUUAUAAAUAUCACUCCUGGCAGCUGGAUAAAGCCUCCUUUCUAAGAGGCUGGUGUUCAAUUUGACUUCAAAAUGGCAGGCGCAAAAUUAUAGGAGGCUCCGCAAAUCUCCAAGCUUGGAGGGGAAGAUUUCAGCCUUCUUAGAAGAUGCUCCAUGCCCGUUCCUCAUGUUGGGACAGACAUUAGUGAAUCUCUAGUAGACUGAGCUGCGUUGCUCUGUUGCUGUCCCAUCCCGUCCCCCCGCCUUGUAGAAAAAGGCAGUUCUAAGACGUUAUGAGCCUUCUGAACCCUCAUAGAGCUCCUCCCUGCUGGGGCCCAGUAGCUCAGCUGUGAGCUGUUGGCGCUUGCAGAUGUGCAGGUGGCCCUUGCCAAAAUUUGCACCUUCUUAACUAAUGCACAGGUUGGAACAUAAGUCUCCUCUGGGUUUUGCACUUUUCUGAGUUUCACAGUCAGUUCCUGCCCCAAAGCACCAAAACACAAUGGAAAAUGUUAGAAAACAACUUGGAACCCAAACACUGCAAGCCUGGAAAUAAGUGCUCCAGUUUGUGAACUUUUUUCAGAAGCUGAAUGUGCUCCGUUUUGAGUGCCACAAAUCCAUUUUGAGUGUUACGCUUCUGAUUUGAGUGCCACUCUUCAGUUUUGAGUGUUACGCAGAGGUCUGCCUGUUUUUGCUAUUUAUUUUGCGUUUUUGUUUUUGCAGCUUUUUGCUUUGUUUCUGUGACUGUGUGGAACCCAGUUCAGCUAUUGAUUGAUUGUGUGACUGCAGUAUAUUGUUUAUUGCUUUCAUUUUAUGGAUCACUGGCCUCAUUAGAUAGUAAAACCCAUGUUAAAUUGCUGUUUUAGGGGUUGUUUUUAAAAAUCUGGAAUGGAUUAAUCCAUUUGGCAUUACUUUCUAUGGGAAAGCGCACCUUGGCUUGGGAGCACUUUGGUUUUGGAACGGAGUUCUGGAACGGAUUAAGUUUGAGAACCAAGGUACCACUGUAUAGGCCAUCAUAAAACAUCUAGAUGUAAAAUUUUAAAAUACAUACAAAUAAACAGCACAUAUACAAAUAUUGGAAUUGGAGUCAAUAGAUUAUCUUGCUGGUCCUUACAGAAGGAGAUGAUAUUAUGUCACUGAUCUGUGCAAAGCAAGCACUACAGUUAAGAGCAGGAACACUUAGACAGCAAUACAUCCCUCUUUCCCUUGCCUUUAAAAGCUUAUCUUCUCCCACUGUUUACAGCUGUGUUUUGUUCCAUUUGAAAUCAGAGUACAAUAAACAAUGAAUUUUAAAAUGUCGGGUGGUGGUGGUUUGGGGUAUUUUUUAUUUACAUCCUUCAUGGAAGUCCUUGGUGAGCCCCUCCUCAUCUCCUCUCCCCCAUUGAUUCUCACAACAACCCUGUGUGGUAGACUGGGACUGAUUUGUUCAAGGCAGACCCCACAGUGAAUUUCAUGGCUGUGCAGAGAGUUAAACUGGGUCUCCUCGGUCCAAAUGCAAGGUUUGGGUGGUGAAGGGGAUGUGGCCACUAAAGAGUUAAUGGAAUGAACGUGUGUGUGUGUGUGUGUGUGUGUGUGUGUGUGUCCCACCCCCCAAGCUAGCUAAACGCUCAAGAGCAUGCAAAAAGUGGGGGUCUCGCAAAAGAUAAGUGACUUGUGUCCUGCAUAGUAUUUUCCUCUGAGUGGGAUUCGCUUUCUUCGUCAACUUGGGGCCUUCAGCACAGUUUCUUGACCUGACCUGUGACAUGCGUUUUCUUGUUGACUACAAUUAAGAACGACUGUAUUUCAUUUCCAUUUUCCAGUUCUUUUUUGAGAACUGGAACAAAGCUACCUUUUUCCUCAAAGAAAAUAUUAACUUAAUGCAGGAAAAGUUUUCGACGAUGUUUAAUUUCUUCCAGGGUCUCAUGUGAAACAUUUCAAAGUUGUGGUUUUAAUUAGCUUUGCUGCCUGGUUUGCCAUUAACUUUCUGCAACAGGAACUUGAUGGGGCUUUGAAAUGGAGAAUGGGUGGGCUUUCUAUAUAAGGGGCGAUCUGCUGAGCAGGAUGUUGUUUUCCAUGUCAACUGUUGGCCAACAAUUUAAAACAGCCCAGAAUGUGUUGAAUAAUUGUGUAACCAUGCGGGAAGAUCAGGAUUCCUUGAACGUUUCCUGAACCAUACUUAUUGGUAAUCUCUUUAAUACCAAACAUUCUUCUUAAUAAUGUUUCAUUAUAUGGAAUAACCAGCACAAAUGUUUUGCCACAGUUUCUCCAUUUUGCAAAGUUCUCUCUCUCUCUCUCUCUCUCUCUCUCUCUCUCUCUGUGCGUGUGUGUGUGUGUGUGUGUGAGAGAGAGAGAGAGAGAGAGUAGUUCUCUUGUAUCUAUGGUUGUUCCUUGUGCUUAUAGAUUUAUUUUUUUACAUCUCUUCGGAAAGCAAGAAGAUUUUCUUUUCUUUUUUUAAUUAUACAUUUUUAUUAGGUUUUCUUAACAUAUCAUUUCCAACAAUCAUAUAACAUAACUUCCUAUCAUAUACAAUGUUUUAGACUUCCGUCAACACCUCUGAUGAUUUUUCAUUCUUUAUCACUUAUUCUGCAUUUCUUAAUUUCUCUAUUACUCUUAAUUGUCAUUAACUAAUAAUUCUCCUCAUAGUCUUUCUUGCAAUAUUUCAGAUAAUCCUCGUCUCAAAACUUCUUGCAGUCCUACUAGCAUAAUCUGUUCAUUACAGUUCCUUUUCAAAUAGUUCGUAUAUUUACUCCAGUCUUCUAAGAAUCUCUGAUCCCGCAGGUUUCGAACACUUCCAGUUAAUUUAUCUAAUUCUACAUAGUCCAUCAGUUUCAUCCGCAAUUCUUCUUUCGUUGGUAAUUCUUCUUGCUUCCAUUUUUGUGCCAAUAAUAUUCUUGCUGCCGUCGUUGCGUAUAAAACAACUUACAAUCCUGUCUAUUAAUAUCAUCUCCUACAGUGCCAAGUAAAAAUGCUUCUGGUUUCUUAAUGAAUGUAUAUUUCAACAUCUUUUUCAUCUCAUUAUAUAUCAUUUCCCAGAAGUUUUUCACACUUUUACGUUCCCACAGCAAGCAGAUUUUCUAAGGCAGGGCUGGAGAACUGAUGGCCAACCAGAUGUUGUUGGACUUCCAGAUGUCGGAGGACCACAGUUUCCCCCAUCCCUUUUGCAAAGUGAAAAGUUGGUUGACAGACCCAUGUUACAGGAUGCACCUUAACUGCUUGUGAACUUCCUGGUCAGCCGCUGUGAGAAAAGGAUGCUGGACUAGAUGGGCUGAUUCAUUGGGCUCUUAAGUUUUUGUGUUCUCCUUGGGGUCUUGCUGUUUGUGAUGUUGGGCUGGUUACAUUUUUUGGAGGGGAGAGAAAUUGGUGUCCUCAGGAACCUGUGGUGUAAAUUUUGAGUUGUGGGGGUGGCAGUGGUUAGAGAAGCAAGGCUAGGAAGCUAUGAGUGGGCAAAUAUACCGGUAAUUGCAAACGAUUUAGACACCUGCUGGAAACUUUUUCAGUGCCGCCAGGAAAUUGUGCAGGCAAUUAAGAGAACAUCUUUCCAGAUUGGUUAGUUGAUCUCUCAUUUUAAGCUUUUCAUUAUUUAUCACACACACACAUAUGUAAACGGCUUUUGACAUUUUUUUAAUGAUACAGUGAUAUAUAAAUGUUUUUUAAAAGUAAAAUUCUAUCCAUUUGGAAGUGUGGGCUUAGGUGGUUAAGGCCAAGCCUUCAUGGAGGUGAGGCAGGAAAGUUGUUGAAGUCGGACGCGUUUAUUUCUUACUUUAUUUCAUAUACUGUAUUUUUCGCCCUAUAGGACGCACUUUUUCCCCUCCAAAAAUGAAGGGGAAAUGUGUGUGUGUCCUAUGGGGCGAAUGCAGGCUUUUGCUGAAGCCUGGAGAGUGAAAGGGGUCGGUGCGCACCGACCCCUCUCACUCUCCAGGCUUCAGGAAGCUAUCCCCCCAGCCCGGCAAGCUCCGGGAGCAAUGGUGAAGCUGGGCGCAACUUCGCCAUCGCUCUCGGACCCGUUCUGGGGUUGGGGGAAGCUCGGGCUUCCCCCGCCCCCAGCCCCGCAAGCUCCGGGAGCGAUGGCGAGGUUGCGCAACCUCGCCUUCGCUCCCGGACCCCCAGCCCCGAGGCUAAAAACAAAGCCAGGACAGCUUCCAUCCCGCUCGCUGUCAUGGCUUCUUUGCUCUUUGGGGCUGGGGGGGGGGAAAUAUAUUUUUUUUCCUUUAUUCCCCCUCCCAAAUAAGUGCGUCCUAUGGGCCGGUGCGCCCUAUAGGGCGAAAAAUACGGUAAUUUAUACAUUGCUUGAUUGUAAAAAACCAACCAACCUCCAGAGCAGUUUACAAAAAAGAUAAAAUGAUCAAUAAGAAGAAUUGAUAACAAUGUAGGUUUUUCCAAAGUUAAAAUAACAAUAGACUAAAAACGGAUUAAAACGUGCACCAACUUUCUAAACAUCUGGACAGGAUUGUCUAAACAAAAAUGUUUUUAUCAGGCACCAAAACGUGCACUGUGAAGGCUCCUGCUUGAUGUCAAGAGGCAGGGAGUUCCAGAGGGUAGGUGCUGCCACACUAUAAUUUUGAGCUCUUACAAAUGUGGGGCAGGUCUUAUGUGGCAGCGUUUGGGCCAAGUGACGACAGGAGGCAGUCCAGUCCUGACUGCUGAUCCCGUUUCUGCUCAGACAUAUGUAGCUUAAUGUAAUGAAAUUAAGCCUUCCAAACCGUACUAGACACGCACACCUCUUAAGUUCUGCAUACUGCUGCAUACAAAAUCUGAAAGAUCGCUGUGUUCUUCAAACCUUCUCAUACAAGGCCUGCCUUCUUAUUCUGUUUACCUCUUCUGCUAUGAGUUGAGUGGAAGCGUGGAUGUCUGGGGGGGGGGGCACAUUGGAUCUGGUGCGUAAACACGCUCAGGAUCGUGUUGUAAGGCUGUGUGCAGCCUGGCUGUGUUGAUUUCACUGUGUCAUUGACAUUGUGGGAGGGGGCCUGGAAGCCUUUGGGAAACGGAGCCAGGGUACCACUUUGCACUCCGCUAACAACCGAGACUAGCAGAUUUAUUGUGGCAUCAGCUUCUGUCUGCCUGCUGCAACAUGGGGUUUACUUGAGCAAAGUAAAGCCACCCACACAACAGUGCAGGCAGACUGGUCUGAAGGAAUUUGCUUGCUCCAGAAAAGUAUCUUGCAGCCUCCGUCUUCCCCGGGUGAGAUUUUUCAGAUGUCGGCCAGCAUCUUUAACCAGUGCUAACAAUGUCCAUCUUAAAGCACUCUCAGAAAAUACUUACAUGACCAGUCAAACUGUGGCUUUCAAAGGAUCUGUUAGCCUCUCUAGUUUAUCACAAACAAGGGAUACUUUUUGUCUCAAUAACCUUUUAGAGGCUUUUAACCGGUAUGUCCUGUUUUUAAAGGUAGUUAAUUCUCAUGAAACUCUUUUUAUUUACCGUAAAUCAUUAUUUCUUAUUUGUUAACAUUUUCUCCAGGGGGCUCAAGGUGGGAUACAUAGUUCCUCUUUUAAUUUAAUCCCCACAACAACAGCAACCCUGUGAAGUAGGUUAGUUGAGGCAGUGACUGGUCACCCGCUGAGCUUCAUGGCAAGAGUGGAGAUUUGAACCCUGGUCUCCCAGAUCCUAGAGCUCGACAGUCAAUCCACUGUACCACAUUGGCUCUCCUACAGUUGAUAUGUGACUCAGCUGCAAUAGUCUCUGAGUAGUUUACAAGAAUAUGUUGCAAAAAUUGCAGCCUUGGUUCCUGCAGACAUCCUGUUGAGCAUGUUACGAUUCUUGCACUAAGGUUUUUUCCAGGUGUUUUUUUUGCAAGUAACGGCAAAUAAUACACUGGCGUGCAUUGCUCAUGAGGGUUAUCCAGUACAGUGGUACCUCGGGUUACAUACGCUUCAGGUUACACACACCGCUAACCCAGAAAUAGUGCUUCAGGUUAAGAACUUUGCUUCAGGAUAAGAACAGAAAUCGUGCUCUGGCGGUGCGGCAGCAGUAGGAGGCCCCAUUAGCUAAAGUGGUGCUUCAGGUUAAGAACAGUUUCAGGUUAAGAAUGGACCUCCGGAACGAAUUAAGUACUUAACCUGAGUUACCACUGUAUUCUGAAAACCUCCCAAAAUCGCUGGGGUAUAAAUAAUAAAAUUGUUGUUGUUGUUAUGGAAUUUGCCAAUCUGGUGGCUGUGGUACUUAGUAUGGUAGGUGGCCUUUUGUAGCAGCUGCCCCUGGCACGAUGCCCUUCAGAUGUUUUGGACUACAACUCCCAUCAAACUGUCACCCAAAACAUCUGGAGGAUGCCAAAUUUAGGAAGAUUGCUUUAUGGCAUGUGAUAUUCCGUGAGCCUCUUUGAGAGGACAGUGUCAAGAAAGGCAGCCCAGGAAUGUCUUGCAUAAAUGCAUAAAUAUAUCUUCAUUUAUUAUUACGACUAUUUAAGUUGUAAGACACAUGGCUUCUAAAAAGGUUGAAUGAUGUCAUGGUCAGUUACCUUCUUCCUGUAAAUGGAUGUGUUCUUAGCAGCGCACAUUCUCAGCCCACUACCCCACAAAAGUAUGUGUGACAAGUAUCCUUAUAUUGACAGCUGUUACUGCUGCCUUUGUCCAUUCUUCGUCUUUUUAAUUUUUAAAAAUCUAUUUAAAUUUUAUUUAACAUAAUUAUUACAAAACACAAGCAAAAUACUGCAAAUACAUGCAUACAUAUAUAUUUCAGAUAAGCAUGCAUAUAUUAAAAAAAAACAAGAAAAAAGAAGAAAAGAAAAAAUAAGGAGAAAAAGAAGAAAAAUUGGAAGAAUUUCUUCCAAAUUUAUUCUACAAAUAUCUCAAUAAUAAAAUGUCAUUGAUUGACUUCCAUCGCUUACACUGCACUUCCUAUAUACAUUUUAAGCAAAAUUGUAUCUGUUAUUCCGUGUUUUUCCCAUACAAUCUCAUACAAAUAUUCUAAUCAAUAAGUUUUCUAAAUCUUUCAUAAAGCUAUUCUAAACACAACCAAUACCUUACACUUAAUCUGAUUUGAUAAGACAAAAACCAAAAAAUACAAUCCAGAAACAAUGGAAAUGUUUAAAUGAUUAUUUAUGUAAAAGGUAAAAGGACCCCUGACCAUUAGGUCCAGUCGUGACUGACUCUGGGGUUGCGGCGCUCAUCUUGCUUUACUGGUCAUGUGGCCAGCAUGACUAAGCUGCUUCUGGCGAACCAGAGCAGCGCACGGAAACGCCGUUUACCUUCCUGCCGGAGCGGUACCUAUUUAUCUACUUGCACUUUGACGUGCUUUCGAACUGCUGGGUUGGCAGGAGCUGGGACCGAGCAACGGGAGCUCACUCCGUCAUGGGGAUUCGAACCGCCGGCCUUCUGAUUGGCAAGUCCUGGGCUCUGUGGUUUAACCCACAGCUCCACCCGCGUCCCGGAUUAUUUAUGUAGACAAAGAUUAAGUGCCUUUGUCCCUUCCGCUUGCCUUACAGUAAUGCCAAACCUUGGCUUGGUUCAUGCACUCUAGGUAUCGCGUUCUAGUCGAGCCUCGGUGGUAGGUGAGGGACAACUCGUGGGUGAAAACAUACGCUGACUGAGCAUGGCCUCUGUUUCUCUGUGUGUCCUCUUCUGUGCACCCCAAACAUGUUCGCCAUCCUAUGGAAGCGCCUGCAGGAGGCAGUGAUGGCCACCAACGGAUGGCUUUAAAAGACGAUUAGAGAAACCCGUGGAGGAGAGGGCUAUUGAUGGCUACUGGUCAGGGUGGCUCCGCUCUGCCUCUGCAGUUGGAGGCCGCAGUGCUUCUGAAUUCCGCUUGCUGGAAACCCCAGGAGGGUAGAGUGUUGCUCUGGCGCUUGGGUCCUCCUUGCCACUUUCCCAUUGGGGCAUCUGGUUGGCCACCGUGAGAACAGGGCACUUGGAUCCAGCAGGCUCUUUUCGUGUCCUUAGGAUGGCCAUGGGGGAGGGGGAGGCAGUUUGGUGUAGGUUAUAUUUUAAUGCUUGGCUACCUAAUAAUUUCUUUCUGAAACAAUUCACAAACUGAAAUGAAGUUACCCUUCCAAUUUUGCUCCACUUCAUAUUUUGUGUCGCACCUCUCUAGCCAAGGAAUGUGUAGAUAAAUGCUUGUACUAAGGACAAGCAUGCCUAAAAAUGCAUAUAUUUGUGAAUUUAUUUUUAUUUUUACGAAAAGCCCAAUAUUAAGGGAAAUUGCUUGCCGAAAUGUUCAUAUCGUGUACACUUUCAUGUAGAAAUGCACAGCAUUGCUGAUGAAUUCUCAUGAAAAUCUUUUUUAAAACAAUACAAACUGAUGGGGGAAAUGUGGUAAACUAAAUUUGAGAGAUACCAAUAUUGACAAAUUAGUUCAUCCUUAUGGUAAAAUGGGAAUAAGGGAAACCUCACAAAUUACAUUCCCCCCCCCCCUUUCGUAUCUGCAAAACAAACAAGUAUGUUUCUUUGUAUGUAGUGUGAAUACCAAAGAUUAACCAGUCUUCCCUCUCUCUCUCUCUCUCUCUCUCUCUCUCUCUCUCUCUCGUCCAUCCUUUCUUAGGUCCGCCAGUGGCUGCUGCUGUGAGAUCUCAUUUUAACAGCUGUCCGGAUGCUCAUAGUGGGUUUUGCUUCCAUGGUACUUGCAGGUUCUUGGUGCAAGAGGAAAAACCAGCUUGCGUGUAAGUCUCUCUCUUGCAUCUUGUAAUACCCACCUCGUUGCAUUCAGCAGUAAUCGUGCAGUCGGCAUGUCACGAAAGAAAGUGUCCCUGCCUCCAUGCAUUAGACUAGGCAUAGGGAAACUUGGCCCUCCAGAUGUUUUAGGACUACAAUUUCCACCAUCCCUGACCACUGGUUCUGUUGGCUAGGGAUCAUGGGAGUUGUAGUGCCAAAACCUCUGGAGGGCCGAGUUUGCCUAUGCCUGCAUUAGACUCUUGGGUCACCAGAUGUUGUUGGACUGCAGCUCACAUCAUCCCUGACAAUCGGCUAAGUUGGCUGAGGAUGAUGGGAAUUGGAGUCCAGUAGAAGAAGACUGCCUUAGGGGAUGGGGAUGACUCUUGGGCCCAUGUGGGACGUAUGGAAAAGCUCCCUUCAUCUGCAAGAUUUGCCUUGUUGGAAUGUUGAGAGUUGGUGCGAAGAGAAUAAACAUGUCAACGUGAUGCAGAGCACAUGCUGUGUUCAGAUGGGGAAGAGUGAAAUACCAAUUAUUUUAUUAAUGUUUUAAAAUUAACGUACAUGCCACUUAUAUGCUGAAACGGUUCCUAAGCAGCUAAAAUUUCACAUUACAUAGCAGAAGUAUAAAUACGUAGAAUUCAUUGGUUUAUUUGGAUCAUGCCUGGCUAAUGCCCUGAUUGAGAACACUGUGCAGUCUUUCCCGUGGCGAACACGUGCCUCAAAAGAGCACUGCAAACUCAGUGAGGCAGGGAGAGCAGGACUUUGCGCUUCACUCUAAAUGGGAAAUGCAAACCAGUAGCUGCUGCCCACCCUGCCUCUAGGCACGUUCCAGCCCCCUGAUUUAGAUAAAAUCCCAUUUUAAUUCUGAAUGUGAGAAAACGGCAUCUGGCUCAAAUUCUGCGCACACACACACACACACAUAUAUAUUUAAAAAGCUUGUGUCUUUUCCUCUGUGCACUCACUGCUCUUGAUUUUCUUUUGCCUCGUCACAGCUGCCAUUCCGGGUACGUUGGGGCGCGAUGCGAACACGCGGACCUCCUUGCAGUGGUGGCCGCCAACCAGACAAAGCAAACCAUCACCGCCCUGGUGGUGGUUUCCGUUAUAGCCUCUGUUGCCCUUAUCAUGGUCUGCGUCCUAAUACAGUAAGUGAAACUUCCAUUUGAACUGAUGUUCUAUAUUGACAUCUCUGCAAGCUUGAAGUGUGUGUGUGUAUGUGCAUGCACCAAGGCAUGUGUUUUAUGUAAAAUGCAUGUCUUAAAAGGUGGCCAGCCUACUGAAUAGGCUCGGGUGGGCAACAACAGUUCAUGGAGAGAAGGAUCUCCUUUUUCAAGUCCAGCCUGCUUCUCAGUUUGGAAGGCUGGAGGCAGACCUCACCCUGACAUGUGGCUAAGGCUGCUUCCAUAGACUGCAGUGCAUACUAGGCAGCAGACUCCUCCCUCCAACAGUUGUCGCCAGGCAGUAACCGCGGCAUCAAGCUGCAGCAGAGCAGGCAAGAGAAGGGAUGCUGGGUCAUCAACUCUGUACACCUCUCCUUAGACUACCCUAGCUGAUCAUUAGAAGAACUUCCAACAAAGAAUAUGCAGCUGAGUUUGCUCAUUUCCUCCUCCCUCCCAACCAGUUUUCCUUUUGUGCCCUGCCUUUUUAGUAGGCCUGUUGGUUGUAGCGAUGUACAAGUCUCUCUCGGGAAGCCUUCCCCACCCCUGAAAAGUAGGGUAGAAAUUUGUUUAAAAGAGUGUGCAUGAUCUUAGAAGCAUAGAAAGUUGCCUUGUGCGGAGUCCUGCCCUGGUCCAUCUAGCUCAAUGUUGUCUACACUGACUGGCAACUGCUCUCCAGGAUUUCAGGCAGGAGACAAUCAUAGCCCUGAUAUACUGAUGGGAAAUGAACUUGGGACCCACUGAAUGCAAGGCAGAUGCUCUGCCACUGAGCUAUGGCUGGUCACUUAGUUAGUCGCAUCUCAGAGUGGUCCAUGUGGUGCAGGUCCCUGAACCUGAGCAGCCCAAAGUCUGGUCAGUUCUUGGAUGGGAAACCACCUUGGAAUGCCAUCCUGAACCUUAUGGAAGAAGAGCAGUGAGGGGGAAGUGUAACACCUGGAUGAAAUUGAAUAUGGACUUGGCCUCUUGGAUGCUGAAGGCAAUUGAUUGCAUGGAAAGGGAAGACUUUCUCUCAGCCUAAUUCUGCCUCUAGCUUAAAAACAGAGGAGCUGCCAUUGACCAAUAUUUGUUAAUGCAGAGCAUUGAAAAGUUUCCUUUAACAAGGCAGACCUGCAAAUCUGUAAAGAGCUCUCAGUGCAAGUUACCCUAAUAAUCCUCCAUGUUUUGCUGCAUUGCAGGCGGUUGGACUAGAUGACUGUUUGGGUCUCUUGCAGUUCUACAGUUCUGUGAUAUGCAUCAUCUCUUUUUGCCACAAACCCUGUCUUAAGAUAUAGACAGAAAGCUGGUGGAAUUAAGUCUUACUUUUACCCAGUGUCCGGAACAGCUGCUUUGGAAGUACUGGGAACUUUUUCUGAAAGUGUCUCUUCAUUAAAAUAUAUUGUGUAAUUUAUUUUUAGUUGUAAAUUGAACCACUUUGUUAACUUUGUGGAUGAGAAGAGCAUGAAACUAUGUCUCUUCCUCUACACGCGCACACACCCACCCACCCUCCUGCUCAUCUUCCCAUUCCUCGUGUAGAUUUGCAGAAGCAUUUCAGCAUUUAAUUCCGUUUUGCAAAAAAUGCAAUUAAAUUAAGGAUUCCCUUAAUUUAGAAAGACACUUUGGAGAGAACUGGACAUGUGUUUUGUUUUCAGCUGUUGUCUGCUGCAAAAAAACAAAACAAACCCGCCCUGCGCUGCCUCUGCCCCCACCCUUUCCGCCUGGCAAUUUCUCCAUCCGCAGCCUGGAUGUCCUGGAAUGGCUCUUUCUUGCAAUGAGGUCAUGUGUUCCGGUGUGUUUUUGUUCUGAGGACGGGAGAUGGUGGCAUGCGUGUUGCAACUGGAACGCCACCCAUUAAGCUAAAAUUAAAGUCUUUGCUGUGUAAUUUAGAGGACGGGCAGCAGUGUCGUUGUGGUUGGUUUCCCAAUCUGCGUGGCUCGCCUUGCGAGAUGCCUUGCCUAAUCCCUUUUCUCAAGCAAGUCCCCAGCCCUCCUCUCACCUUUGCUUGGGGAACAUUCUCUGCCAGCAGCCAGACCAAAACGAACAAACCAGUUAGGACAGUCACUGACAACAGCGGGUUUCUCCAGGUCCUGCCGCUUCUCUUGGUGCUGAGAAGUAUUUAGGCAGGAGUGUGUUGGUAGUAAAUACUGUAAUGUUUUAAUAACAUCCUUGCUCACAAAUUGGGUCAUGAGGGCAGCUGCAUUUUGUACUAGCUGAAAAUUUCAGACCGUUCUUCAUUUGUUCUUAAAGGCAGCACCAUGUAGAGUGCAUUGCAGUAGUCUAGUCUGAAUUUUUAAAUUUUUUCCCUAAGAUUUAUAAACUGCUUGAUUGUAAAAGAAACAAACAAACCUCAAAGCAGUUUACAAAAAAAGGAAAGCCAAUAAAAUUAUCUCUAAGAAAAAUGAACAGCAAUAACUUAAGACUUCUGAAAAGUUAAAACAAAAAUAGCUUAAAAACAGAUUAAAACUCACAUGAACUUUGUAAGCAUCUCAGGCUUGUCUGAACAGAAAUGUUCUUAGCAGGUGCCAAAAAGAGUGCAGUGAAGGUGUCUGCCUGAUAUCAUUAGGCAGGGAGUUCCAAAGUCUAGCCACCAGAGAGCCUGAAUCACCUUUUGUUUAUUUCUAAAAGUAUUUCUAUACCGCCCACUGGCAGAAAACAUCAAGCUGGUGCAUAACAAUAUAUACAAUGAAACAUCAAACACCAUAAAUAAAUACAAGGCAACCAUAGAGACGACUGGCUUAUCCAAAACGGAAUUUAAGAAGCUGAAUGGGCCUGUCUGAAGGAGAACAGGGAGGACGACUGGUGAAACUCUGCUGGAAAAGUAUUCCAGGGCCUGGGACCAGCAACAGUGAAUGACUGGCUUCUAGUUGAGGCUGGUCAGACUCCUGAGACACAGGGGACCAGUAGCAGGAUUCUUCUGGACGAUUUACUGCAUUGCAGCCAGUGUUGAAAAGGCCCUGGCUCUGGCUGAAACUAAUCUAACUUCCUUAGGGCCCGGGACCACUAGGGUGUUGCUAUUUAUGGACCUUGAGGCAUACCGUGGGGCAUACCGAGAGAGGCAGUCCCGUAGGUACGAGGGUCCUAGGCCGUGAGGGCUUGAGUGCUCCUUAGGAAGAGAGAGGGAGAGACAGAAACCUGUUUUUUUAAAGCUACCACCUGGAUAGUUUUUGUCUUUGGGUCUUUGCUCCCUAGGCUAUUGGUCUCUUAUAAGGCUGGUGCAAAAGAUUUCAUCUUAAAUUAGUGAAGCACCUUGAACUGAUUCGAAUCAAACCGAACAGUCUUCCUUUUAUUUUAAUAGACAACACACCCCAUUUUGAUUUAUUUUUCCAGCUGUUAAGUUUUCUACUCUAAUUCGGGAGUUCUGAAUUUUAGCAGGAAACCUGGUAUCCAGCAACAAACUUUAUAGUGCCUAAUCACAGGGCCUGAGAUGCUUAUAAAACGGGAUCACAGCAGUGCUGGAUUGUGAUAACCUUGGCAAAUGUAAGACUUGAGGCUGAUCAGCUUUCAGAGUGCAAGGGGCUAGCUUGGAGCUACCACAUGUGUGAACCUGGGUUUCCAGGUUCACAAACUCAAGGGCCCAUCCAUGCCAGCCCAUUCUGAAGGUGGUCACAAAGGAGCCCCCACCUGUGCCAGCCGCCCUCUCUAGUGUAGGGACGGACGACAUUCUAAUGUCCCACCCUUUCGCAUUUAUUUAUCUCACUUAUAUCCCACCUUUCCCUCCAAAUAGCUGGAGAUGGUGUAUAUGGUUCUCCCCCUCCUCAUUUUAUCCUCACAACAACCCUGUGAAGCAGGUUGGGCUGAGAAACAAUGGCUGGCCCAAGGUCACCCAGUGAGCUUCAAGACUGAGUGGGGAUUCGAAUCUUGGUCUCCCAGCUCUUAAUCCAACACACUAACCACUGAGCCUCUGCCUUCUGAUGUCAUUCCUAGGCUUCCCCUGCCUUAAACCUCUUACGCUUAUGUUUUGCAGCUGCUGUAGGAUACGGAAACACUGCGAGUGGUGCAGAGCUGUUGUCUGCAGACAUGAGAAGCCCAACGGGCUCCUGAAAGGAGGAACGUCUUGCUGCCAUUCAGAGACAGGUAAAUAAAGGGGCUACAGAAGCAGCUUGGAGGGGUGCAUUUAACCUGAAGGGUAGUAAGGUGAAAACUAGCUGCUUCCGUGAGCUGAGGGUCAGGGUAAAGGUAAAGGGCCCCUGACCAUUAGGUCCAGUCGUGGCCGACUCUGGGGUUGCGGCGCUCAUUUCGCUUUAUUGGCCGAGGGAGUUGGCGUACAGCUUCCGGGUCAUGUGGCCAGCAUGACUAAGCUGCUUUUGGCGAACCAGAGCAGCGCAUAGAAACGCCAUUUUACCUUCCCGCUGGAGCGGUACCUAUUUAUCUACUUGCACUUUGAUGUGCUUUCAAACUGCCAGGUUGGCAGGAGCAGGGACCCAGCAACAGGAGCUCACCCCGUUGUGGGGAUUCGAACCGCCGACCUUCUGAUCGGCAAGCCCUAGGCUCUGUGGUUUAACCCACAGCGCCACCCACGUCCCCCUGAGGGUCAGGGUGGCCUCCUGCUAUAGUUCAUACAGCCACGACCUGCAUUGAGUUUCCAGCUCAGUGGCAGAGCACACUCUUCACAUGUUAAAAGUUCUCAGAUUCAAUCUCCAGCAUUUCCAGCCCAAAUGAUUUCAGGAAGUAGGAACUGGAGAGGCCUCUGACUGAGAGCUUGGAGAGUUAAGAACGUGAUAAUUUAUUAUUUAUUUGCAGUAUUUGCAACCCGCUCUCCACAGAAUGUUUCAGUCCCAUAGUAGUAAAAAUAAACAGACAAAAAACAAUCCACAAAAAUGACAAAAUCACCUAAAAGGGACCGAUAAACAACCAAUUCUAACAGAAGGUAAACAAGCAAAAUGACACUGUAAAUAAGUAUUUCCAGUAUACUGAAAUGCAGGCCUUGAGAUCAGCAGGGCUGCCAGGUAGUGGUUGGCAGCUGGAUCAGGCCAAAGGUCGAUCUAAUCCAGCAUCCUCUUUUCCACAGUGGCCAGCUAGAGGCCCCUGGGAGACCCACAAGCAGAACCUAGAAGCGAGAUUUGCAGUGGCAAAUGCAGUGCAAUUGCACUCUCCCCUUGUCCCCCACUGGAUCGUAACCCGAGGGAGACUGGAUCUGAUCCUGGGGAUGGUUUGCAGCCACUGACAGCCUUGUUCUCCAUCAGCUGCGUACCAAGCAAAACGGAACCAUCCUUUGACUCUGCUGUCCUCUGUGAGAGGACACUGCCUCUUUCUCAGUCUUACAACUAGAAGACAGCAGGAAUUCUCAACUGUUUAAAUUAGAUUCCUCUGAGGCAUGGGCCGAAUUCUGCUCAUUCAAAAUAGAUUUUACAGCCCGGUCUCCAACUUGGUCAGAUGGGAGGAUUUAUAUUUCUCCUGAUUUAGACUUACAGUCCUGAGUGUCCUCAUUUGGAGCUCCCUGCAAACAAACUUACGCCCCUUCUCCCAUUGAAAGAAGCUUCGCUGCUGCUUCUUACAAGCUAUAUAAUAAUCUAUGAGCUGUUUUGCUACUCCAGGAAGGUGUGCAGAGUUUGCAUCAAAUUCACCAUGUGCCCAUCUAGCCCCGCUGAGUUUAGCCUGGAGGUCUUUCCUUUUAAGGAUACUGGCACUGUCUUGUGCGAUGAGGCCAAAGCACUGGGAAGUCAAGUACACCUGAAAGCUCCUAUGCAGAAAUUGGUGGCCUUCCCCUGUCUUCUUUCCCCCACCAACCCCACAUUGGUAUUGCGAGGUAGACAGGGUACUAUUUUGCCAUCAUUGUUGGUGGUCCAUCCUCUCUGGGUUUGCCUAUUACCAUCUUAGUCAUCAUCCCCACAGCUUGUGACUUAGGGUCAUAUCCAUUGAUGUGUGUGUGAGCGGAACAGACCUCCAGUUGCAUAACAGGAUCACCACCCUCCCCUUCUCUUCACACCCUCAGAAUUGGGAGGUUGAUGGGCCACCCAGGACAGAUUUUGGAGGUGCACAGAGGACAGUGACAUCUUGUUGCAUGAGAACAUGUCCUAUACGGCAAGAUUUAAUUCCAUGCAGUGUUGCAUAGCUCAGUCAUACCUUACAUGGGGGUUAUGUUCUGGGUAUGAUGUGUAUAUGCAAAAACACGUACAGUGGUACCUCGGUUCUCGAACGAAAUCCAUUCCGGAAGCCCAUUUGGCUUCUGAAACAUUCGAAAACCAAGGCAUGGCUUCCCAUUGGUUGCAAGAGCUUCCUGCACUCAGCAAAAGCCGUGUCGCACGUUUGGGUUCCAAAAAAUGUUCGAAAACAGAAGCAUUUACUUCCGGGCUUUCGGCGUUUGAGAACCGAAACGUACGACAAAGGAGGCAUUCGGGAACUGAGGUUCCACUGUAUGCUGGACACACACACCCGGAACCGCCCCGUAUGAGCAUCCUUACCUUCUGGAGCUGGUGUGUCAAGUGAGCCUUGCCACCCCCCAAGCAAGGCAGACAGCUUAAAAGCUUAUCAGAAAAGUCCCACUCAGCAUGCGGGUUUUGGGGCGCUCCCGCAAGGGCUGUCCAAGUUCCUGCGAUGUCUUGUGUGAGCAUCCCAGAACCCAUUAAGCAGGGUGGAGAGCUUAAAAGCUCUUCCACACCUGGAAAACCUAGCACGAAAGAGCUUUUAAGCUGUCUGCCUUGCAUGCUGUUAAUUUGCCCAAUUUCAGCUGUGUGAGGUUCAAUCGUGCAAGCUAGUUGCAUGCAAGAUGCGAUUGUAUUAUACCGUAACUUUGCUACAGCAUAGUCAGAGUGAAGCCUUUAUCCUUAAACUAUUUUGAUGCCUGUUUUCACAGUUGUCUGAUGGAGACGGGGGUCUGCUGGGAUUCUUACUGCUGUGUGUAGAAGGGACCACUUGAGCAUCCUACAGGAGGCCUACAAUAUUCCAGAGGGACACUUAAGAUGGACGCAGGUGCUUCCUGGGGACAGAACAGUAUUGGCAAGCAGACUCCCUGCAACUUUCGGCUUCUUGUCUGUAUCCUCCAUUCAUGCGUUGUGCUUCCAGAACUUUGCCAGAGGGAAUCCGGCCCCUGCUAUGUGGAGACACGUGACGCCACACACCAGGUCAAUCCAUACAUGGAAACUUAUGGAUAACCAAGGAAUCUCAAAAGACUUCACAUAGUAAAAUAAAGAGUAGGAAAAGUACAGGCUGGUCAUUUUUUUAAAAAGUGCACAUUGGACAGCUUCAUGUUUACGUUGCUAUGAGAAAUGCACAUGGAGGGGGUGUCUGAUACCAGGAAAGAAUUGUGUACAGUUCAGGUGGGGGUAAACUUUGUUUCCCAGUAAUCUUCCUCCUUGCUUGAGACUUCAUGGAACAUGGACUCGAGUAUUAGGAUCCUGCACUCAUUACAGAAUCCGACUCAAAAGAAGUGAUGAGCUACAUUAGUGAUUUUGAGAGAGCUAAAUUGUCCAAUUGAGAAGAAGGUCCGCUGGGUUCAACUGCAAGUCCCGUCCCCCGUCCCCCGCAAAAAGUAUCUUUUUGUAUCCAGAAACAUCCAGAUGAAUUUUCCAAAGUGAACACUUGUAUCUACCAGCACUCAACAUUUUCCGUAUUUUGAAUACCUGGAUUUAGAAAAGUAAGGACUGAGCAGCAACAUCUUUGAGCCCGAACGACAGCAACAUAGCUCACAUUUCCAGCUUUCAUUAUCACUGUGCCUCCAAAUUAGAAAGUUCUUUUUCGACCCCACCCCCGUUCUGUGUACCUGGAUCAAAACAACAACAACCGACUGCUCUGCUGCAUUUCCUCAAAGAAUGAAAAGCAGAGACCAUAAAAAAAUGUGUUGAUUACAAGCCAAGAGAUGUUGGGAAGGAUGCUUCUUGGGUUAUGGUUUUUAGCACCUAAUUGAAAAAAGCCCAGCUCAUUGAAAUAGAUAAGAAUCCUACUUAAAUUGCUUUUGGAUGGAUUCUUAAAAGUCAUCCCAUUGUGGUUCUAAAAAGGAAGGGAUUUUUAGGCUGCCUUAACAGGACAAUGUUAGGAGACUGGAGUGUUUCAACAGAUACUUGUGUGUCUGGAAACAUUCCAUGGGAUCAGCUGGGCUUGUUGUGCAUAUUUGAUCUGACAAGUCUGAUGCAUGUUUCCAAAGACGGGGGCAAUUUGUGGAAGGGCUUCCAUGUCCCGAUACUUGUUCUACAGGAAGACGGCUGGCUCUUAAGUGUGAGGGGUGCAGUGUGUUGCUGAGGGUCCUGGCGCCUUGCUGAGGGUGCAGCCAAAGGUGUGUUGGGAAGAGGGCUGUUCUUGUUGGCUCAAAGUUGAUGUUCACCAUUUGGGAGGUCCGCCUUCUGCCGAAACCUCUCUUCUGUAAGCCGAAUUGAUAAGCAAGAAUCAGCACCCUCUUCUAAUGCAGAGUUCCUAAUGAGAGGAGGCAGUAAUAUAUAAGGAAAUCCGUUUUUUAAAUCACUCAAAAGCCAUGCUGUUCUUUCUGAGUAGGCAGAAUAAUUGAAAUUUAAGAUGCAAGUUGAAACCUCUUCUGUGAAAUUUCUAGCUUUCCUUUCCCCCACCCUGGUAAUGGAUGGCAGAAGCAAUCCUGCCAGUUUGGUUUCCUUUAUUUCCAUUCCAUUCCCUAUCCAUGUUCCUACUUGAUGAUGUUGUCUAAAACCCCUGAUUGCUGCCAGAGCCAAUCUGAUUGAUACCUUUCAAGAAAUAGUUAUAGGCAGGUUAGUUUUAGUUCUAAAGUUUACGACAUUCUGUGCUACGUUUAAAAGGCCCGAUCCCUUUUUAUUUGUCAUUCAGCACAAAUAUUUCUUUGACGGUCCUGAGGAGGAGAAUUGAGCUCUUCAAGGAAAAAUGAGUUUUUUAAAAAAUAUUGUCCCUAAACUCCUUUCCUCCCCAAUGCUGAUUUAUUAAACUGGGCAUUACUCCAGCUUGUUUGAAAAAUGAAGUUCACAAGAUUUUGGCAAACAUCUUGGACUUUUGCACUCUUGAGGUGCAGUCAGGGUCAUUUGAUUGCCACAAAACUAAGGAAGAGCAAUUCACUUGGGUAGGAAUUUCCCCAUCGAAAGGCAGUCUUUCCCAAGCUGGCGCCCUCCAGAUGUUUUGGACCACAUCUUCCCUCCUUCCCAGCACAAUACACCUAGGGGAGGUGCAGACCCAAACAUUUGGAGGGCACCAGAUUGCAAAUGGCUGCCGUAAGGACUCCAGAUAUCUCAGACCUUCUUCAAGGGAUACCUUUACCCCAAGUCCCAUUUUGGGCCUACAGGAGUCCCAGUCCCAGGACUUCGCUCUUAUUUGUGCUGCAGCGUGGCUUGUCAGCCCUGUGAAAGCAUUGUUUUUAAAUACCUUUUGCAGAAUGUGACCCUGUGCUCCUUUUUUUCACUGGAAGAAGGAAUAGGCAGAAAAGUGACUUGCAGUCUGAAUAAACGAGCUGGCUUGUACGUUUCUCUGCAAUUGUACCCUGCAAUGCUUUUGAGAAAUUAGAGAUGGCCUUUUAGCCCUGAGCUUUGUGAUCUGAUCCCACCUGAGCUUCUGUUUCAAUUUGGAUACUUAACCAGAAGCAGGAUCUGUAUGUAUGUUUCUUAAAAAAUAAAAUGGACGAACUGUGCCAAUUUUUCACAUUAGACACAUGUUUGAUAAAUGAACUAGACACCCCCUUCCUGAUUGUGUGUUGACUUCUGGUUAUAUUGUUAACAACCCCCCCUCUUUUUUUGUAAGUACGUUUACUGUUAUAACCAACCUGAAGAUUAUUUUUAGUCAGCGGUACACUUGUUUCUUCUGUAUAUGUUGCACUGAAAGUUAAUAUUUAAUGUAUUAAUUUAUUGUGUGGUUAAAUUAAUUUGAUUUACGUAAAGUGUUUAUAUUUGAUUGCCAGUUAUUUCUUCCUUAAUACGCUGAAUUAUAGUUAUUUAAAUGAGUGAAGUACACUUUUUCAU